AUGAAUUUGUACAGUCCUCUUUUAAAGCCAUCCAAAUUGGUGACCACCACUGCCUCCUGUGGGAGCGAGCUCCAUAGUUUGACUGCACUUUGUGAAGAAAACCUGCGUGAAGAGUUCCUAGUUGGAUCUAUUCGAUUCAUCCAUCCUAUUGACAUCAGGUACAAUUUAUGUGAAUUUUUAAUUCUAUUUUAUUCUUUUAUGUUUUUUCUCUUGAUACGGUUUAUUGUAUGACACCAGCAUCAUACUGAAACUUACGGAGAUGGGAAGCAUAAGAGGUGUCCUUUCUCUGUGGUUGCAAACUAGAAAAUGAAACAAAACUGCCUACCUACUUUGGUUGGCUGUUUUGGCCCAGUUGCCGAUAAAGCAAGCUGCAAAUCUGUUUCCCUCUUCCUCCCCAGCUACACGGAGUUUCUUAGCCAUACACGUUAGCUGAGGCAACAACUUUUGUGGUAGAAUCUGCCCCUGGGCCCUCCAAACACUGCUGGACACAACUAUCAGGAGUAAUACUGCGCUGAAAGCAUCUCCCAUGCUUUACCAACUCCACCCCACUUCUUCAGUUAGUGACAUAAGAAACUACAUUAAAAAAAAAAUCAAAGGGGAGGAAAUAAUUGAAUGAAAAUCUCAUGGAUGGGAUUUGGAUGGGGUUUGCACUUAAUGUACUUUCAAGGGAGCUGAAGGGUUUGUGAGUGUCCUUUCAUGCUGCAAAUAUAUUCACUGGGUUGUAUUCUGCAUCCUUGGGUGCUCCCAUUUCCUGAAAUCUCCAUGGCAUUCUCAGCUGGGCUUUCCUGUGAGUAGGAAGCUGGGGAGGCUGCCUCCAGUGAAUCUGACAGCUGUUUGUUUGUCUUUUUCUAUUUUUUAGGCGAGUUUAUUUAACUUUUAAAGAAAUCAUUGCAGAAAUAUUUCUUUAACUAGGCUCACUUUUAACUAAUUAUGCAUAGGAUUGGACUGCAGAGCUUCUUUUAGGAAACAAAAGCAAUACUAAUGGCUUUGCAGAACAGAUGCUCACAAUAUGGGAAUCUUUUCCAUUGCUCCAAACGUCUGCCAAAAUGUGCUAUUGAUGCUGUAUAUAAUAUUGCAAUAUAUAAUAUUGCAAUAUUAUAUACAGCAGUUAUAUAGAUUCCCAGGAUCUAGUGAUUUGUUUUUUUGAAAGUUUCUUUUUGUAUUUGAUAUUAACUACGGAAACAGAGGGAAUGUGAACUUGUUGAUAUGUUAUCUAAUGAUAUCAAGUGCAAUUACUAGUGAGAAAUGAAUGAAGAACAAUUAAUGGUGAUAUAUUCUUUUACGUUCCACUUGUGAUUUCUUUAUUUCUUGGUUCAAAAUGUUGUAAGGGGCAGAGAUUUGUGUUAUCUAUGGAAAUGUGGUAGGGUUUUGUUUCCUUUUUGCCAGUCUUAGGUUUCUUUGCAUUUUAGUGUUAUCAGCUCAUUUGUGCCUUUGGUAAGGCACAUGGCUUUGACUAAUAAUCUCUUAUCUUCGGGGCUCAGCAAAGGCAUUUGUGUAACAGUGAUGAUUAACAUUUUAUGAAUGCAGGUGCCCGUCUGCAACAAGUAAUAAUAAAUAAUAAAUAAUAGCCCCGACUUCCACAGGAGGAUUGCUCUGAUAGAACAGCCGCAAUAUUGGAUCCAGAAACUGCUUACAAGAGACAACUUUAGGCAGUUUUUGCCAUGCUGCUUUUGGGGAAUUAGGAAAUCUUCUGAAAGUCACUCUCAUGAUUAAUGUAUAUAAGGAAAGGCAUAGACAAGCAUCUACUUUGAAGGCUGAAACUGCACAUUAAACUUUUUUCUCCCUUUCUGAUUCUUUCAAAUUAGCCUAGACAGACUAUGAAUAGAAGCUGAAGAAUUGUAGGCAGAGAGAAAUUGCUUAACCCUUUUUCCUUCUGGUUCUUAUCUUCUCCAUAUCCCCUUCCACUGUUGCCCUGGGUGGAAAAGAAAAAGUGGUGUAGAUUGGGGUUGAGCUGAAAAUAACUAGAGGGAAAAGGGUCAGGCAGCUUCUCUCCUCCGAACCCACUUUCAUUUCUGUGCUGCCUGUCCAGGCUGGUUUUUGUCUUGAAAGAAAGAGCACAAAAAUUUAAAAAAAAAAACCACGGGGAAAUUGGUGUAGAUUGUUGGAACUAGGCAUGUGUCUGCUAAGAAAGGUCCAGCUUCUGCAUCCUUUCUUAGCAAAUACCUAUUUGCUUUCUUUCAGUAUCAUCAGCCACUGUCUCUGAGUAGUCAUUUUGGGGCCCAUGGGCUGUGGGGCCCCAAACUUUAGCCAAAAAAUCUUGCCCUGCCUGCGCCACUGGCUGUUGAAGAUAGUUCAGAAGCUGUAGCGAGGUCAUAUCUUGGCAUGUAUUGCAACAACUCCACUGGUAGGGAUGGGUGAUACAGCAUCCAAAACUGGUUUGAAGUCCCUAUCAUGAUAUGGGUUUUCAUAAUUUUUAAUCCUUCAAAAUAUUGUGAAUCAUGGUGUGUGUGUCUGUGUGCGCGUGUGCAGGAAAAACCAUGAAGCCAACCAAUGUCUCUCCGUAGCUCCAUCUUUAUUUCAGACAUUGUGAUAUAUUGGUAUAUCGUGAUGUUUAGCUGGUGAUGCAUUGCAGUGUUGAAUAUUAGAUAUUGCCCAGCCCUAUCCACUGGCUCUCAAGCCCAGUUCUAAGAGUUAGUCUGAGCCAUUACAGCACCAAACAGUCUAGGACCAAAUACCUGUUGGGCCACCUUCUCCACACCAAUCUACCUCUGCACUGAAUUUAUCACCAGAGUUCUUUCUCUGGGCUCCCCUGCCAUCUGAACUGUGAGAGGCAGCCUUUUUAAAACAAACAAACAAACAAACAAACAAACAAAAAACACUCUUUACCUUUGGAGCGAUAGUUUUAAAAAGAUGCCACAAACUCCCCAGGUAGCCUGGUGAUGCUGUUACUGUCAUUAGGCACCAGGUAUUUUUCUGUCUAAAUAGACAAUAUGACUGUAUUGUUUCUGCUUUACUUUGUUGUGUUACAUUCAUGCUAAAUUUUAUUAUUUUCUUUUUAAAGUGCUUCUAUUGUUUACCCAGAAAGACAACCUGGGAACAUAAUUUAUUUAAUGCAGAAGGUAUGAGAUAUGAAUUAUUUAAAAAAAAUGAAGUAAAUAAAAAAUAAAAUAUUUUAGAAGUGUUUAGUUUUCUAAAAGCAUAGUUGCAUUUUUUUAAAACCUUGAUGUACCAUGGCAGCAAUAUUUGAAAUUGUAUGCAUAUAAAAAACUUAGCAGCUUAAAAGUAUUUGUACAUGGUACUCCAAUCUCUGAGCGGUUAGAGACUUGAGGGGUUCCAGGUGCUUACCCAGCAUUUUGUUUUGUUUUUUCAUGAUAGUCAGUAGACAUUAUGGUUUUUAGGAUAGAAGGUUUUGUUUACACAUACAUGCAACCUGAACAUAAGUUGGAGGGGCUCACAGAAUUAAAACCCCAACAGAUCUUGCUUCUCCAUUAGACACAGCUUUGGAUCCAGGACACAUCAAGCAUGGCUUCCUGUCUAAAGCUUCCAGCCUGCUUCCAGCUCUGCUAACACACACCACACUGACCUAUUGUUCUCCCACCUGGCAGCUAGCUGAAGUGGGAGGAAGGCCCAUCCAUUAGCCCAGAGGGCACCACCACUUAGUUGUGACUCUUGCAAGCUAGCUUAUUCUUUAGGGAUCCUGAUGAAGACACUUAAGUGACCAGCUCAGGUCAUUGUCUUACAAAGAAACUGGGCUCCACUCCGCGCUGGAAGGAAGCUGCCCGGCGAAGCCGGCUUAGCAUUGCUGGGCAGCUUCCUCCCAGCGUGGAGCCUGCUGCCCAGCGAAGCUGCCGAAGCGUAUAAGAGCCCCCCCCAACUGGCAGCUGCCAAUUUGGGGGGGGGGGCGUCUUACACGCCCAGUCACCUAAUACACCGGAAUCUACGGUAACUGGUAUAAUACACAAACCUGUCCCUAGGCACCCCAUUUGCAAUAUUGUUGAGCUAUUUCUCAAUUCUUUAAGUUUCUUAGGAGGUCACUUGCAUAACUUAAUUCUGGGAAAUGUAACAUGCUCUCAGGAAAAUCUGAAGUCUCUUUCCUUUGUUAUACAGUGGUGCCUCGCAAGACGAAAUUAAUUCGUUCCGCAAGUUUUUUCUUCUUGCGAGUUUUUCGUCUUGCGAUGCACGGUUUCCCAUAGGAAUGCAUUGAAAAUCAAUUAAUGCGUUCCUAGUGAAUCCGACUUCAGACAAGGUCCGGGGACAGUCUGUCACCCGACCUCUUCUGAAGGCUGGGGGGACAAGGGCUUUUCUUCCCACCCCCAGCAUUUUAAAAAACCCCGGGACAGCGGAGGGCUUCUCCGCUGUCCGGGGCGAUCUUAAAAUGCUGGCGGGCGGCAUUUUAAAAUUGCCCCGGGACAGCGGAGGACUUCUCCGCUGUCCGGGGCAAUCUAAAGCCCCUGGGAAGGCAGGCAGGGGGACAAAGACUUUGCCCCCGCCAGCCUUCAGAAGAGGUCCUGGACCUCUUCUGAAGGUUGGCGGGGCGAAAGUCUUUGUCCCCCCACCUGCCUUCAAAAGCUGUCCAGCCAAGGCUUCGCGGACCUCUCCGCAAGCAGCGGCAGCACUGCCGCUGCUUGCGGAGAGUUGCCGGCAUGCCGAGCCUGCGCGCGCUGAGAUCAGCGCGCCCAGGCCUCGCGGACCUCUCCGCGAGCAGCGGCAGCGCUGCCGCUGCUCGCGGAGAGUUGCCGGCAUGCCGAGGCCUGCGCGCGCUGAGAUCAGCGCGCCCAGGCUCGCGGACCUCUCCGCGAGCAGCGGCAGCGCUGCCGCUGCUCGCGGAGAGUUGCCGGCAUGCCGAAGCCUGCGCGCGCUGAGAUCAGCGCGCCCAGGCUUCGCGGACCUCUCCGCGAGCAGCGGCAGCGCUGCCGCUGCUCGCGGAGAGUUGCCGGCAUGCCGAAGCCUGCGCGCGCUGAGAUCAGCGCGCCCAGGCUUCGCGGACCUCUCCGCGAGAAGCGGCCGAGCUGACGCUGCUCGCGGAGAGUUGCCGGCAUGCCGAAGCCUGCGCGCGCUGAGAUCAGCGCGCCCAGGCUCCGCGGACCUCUCCGCGAGCAGCGGCAGCGCUGCCGCUGCUCGCGGAGAGUUGCCGGCAUGCCGAAGCCUGCGCGCGCUGAGAUCAGCGCGCCCAGGCUCCGCGGACCUCUCCGCGAGCAGCGGCAGCGCUGCCGCUGCUCGCGGAGAGUUGCCGGCAUGCCGAGCCUGCGCGCGCUGAGAUCAGCGCGCCCAGGCUUCCGCGGACCUCUCCGCGAGCAGCGGCAGCGCUGCCGCUGCUCGCGGAGAGUUGCCGGCAUGCCGAAGCCUGCGCGCGCUGAGAUCAGCGCGCCCAGGCUUCAGCGGACCUCUCCGCGAGCAGCGGCAGCGCUGCCGCUGCUCGCGGAGAGUUGCCGGCAUGCCGAAGCCUGCGCGCGCUGAGAUCAGCGCGCCCAGGCUUCGCGGACGGAGAUUUCCCUAUGGGCUUUCGUCUUGCGAAGCAAGCCCAUAGGGAAAUUCGUUUUGCGAAGCGCCUCCAAAACGGAAAACCCUUUCGUCUAGCGGGUUUUUCGUCUUGCGAGGCGUUCGUCUUGCGGGGCACCACUGUAUUGCUGUAAUUAUAGCCAGGUGAACUGUAUGAACUGAUCGCCAUUCAGUAUUAAAGAAGGUGAUUCUUUUCAUUAAACCCUUUAUCUUAUAAAACUGAUACUCUUCUGGGACCACAGCAAAUUAUGAUGCUUCUUUUUUGUGUUUUUCCUUUCUUUUCUCAAUAACGAAAUGUGCCAGAGCAUUGGGAGUCAAUAUGUAUUAUAUUCACAAUGUGCAUAAAUAGAAGAAUCUCCCAUUAACCACAACCAGCAUGGCCCAUGGUCAGGAAUUAUGGGAGUUACAGACUAAUAACAUUCAGAGGGCUACAGCUUUGUUCAGUCACUGAGGGCAAGCUUGAAGGACUUGCUUACAAGAGCUCUUGGUCCUCUGAAUUGUGACUGGGCCACUCAGGCCUUAAUCUCUUUCUCUGGUAGCCACAAGGGAAAUGAUGGUUGUGACAGAUUUCUCUUUGGGAUGGUGAUCAAGAUUUCAGCUGCUCCUAUAGCAACAAAUAUUUAUUUUUAAAAUUGCAUUUUGCUAAUAGCAUCCUGAGUCACUGCUGCAGCAUUUGGUGGGUGAGAUGAAUAGGGAGUAUAUUCUCCAGUGUGCGCCUAAAAUACUUAAAAUGCACAACGUAUCUGCAGGCAAAUGUAGAGAAUAUGCCAUCUAAAAUAGUUGGUUUUCUUAGAUUCUUAUAGCCUGAAGCAAAAGGAUGCUUCUGUCAGACUUUUCUCCUAAUUUACUUGUUUUAAAUUGGCAUUGCUUUAAAUCUGCAUUGUGUUCAUAUGGAAGGAAGAGGUGGUUUUCUUUUUAGGUUAAAUAGCUUGGAAUAGGCGGUUUCUUCCUAGAGAAUCUGUGCUGCCAUAAGGCUUCAUCUAAUUUUAUAGUUCCAUUAUAAGGCCACACAGUCAUCCAAUUGUGUUACAGUGAACAACAUGGAGAGAAACAGGAUUGCAGUCACUGUCUCUACUGAUUGACUGGUGGUCAGAACUUAAAUAUAUAUGAAGGGCCAAGUUCAUGUGAUGCUAAACAUGUCACUUGAAGCAGCAUGAAUAUUUUGGGAACUGUAAAUGCAGAUCAGGUUCAGAGUCAUGAGGAGGAGAUUCACCAUUUCCUCUCAUGCUACAUUCUCAAUGACAAUCUUAAAAGAGCACAUGAGUCACAGAACAUGGGCCUCUCUUUUGUCUCUCACCCUGUGGUUAAAGAAAGACAAACCCAUGUUCAAUUUACAGUGUGACCAAAGCCCUCUGCUUAACAACCAACAGACCUUUAAGGUAGAAGGAAGAAUCAGAGAGAACCAUGAGCAUAGUUCUGACCCUUAGGUAGCCAACAUGGUGCCCUUCAGAUGUUUCUGGACUCAAACUCCCAUCUGCCCCAGAUCACAUGACCAUUUGGUGGGUAACACAUUGGCUAAGCCUGUUCUGUCCUUACACUAGUGGUGGUGGGGAACCGAGUAGCUAAUUUUAAGCCUAUAAGAUCCCAGUUUGAUUUCAAAAUGCAAAUGUCUUCUGGCUGUCCAAGCACAUUGAGGGAAUAGAUUCUUCCCAUUUAUUUGAUUAGAAGUCUUUUGCUUUUCUUAUUUACACAUUUUGGGUUCAGGGAAGAGGUGGCCCUGAUACUAAGUGGACAAUGGAAAUGUCAAAGAUUUUGACAUUUUUGAAAUAGCAGGCUUGUCUAAUUGAGUUCCUUGCAGGUGAAAGCUGUGUGCCCACAUGCCUGUCUCCCUUGCCAAGCUAUGUCUCCUUUGCAGCCUCAGAGUGGUAGUGAAAGGGACAACAUUGUGCACGUACCUAUGCACCUAGGAAGCCUUGUAUUUCAAGGCCAUGUUGGUCUGAAAGAAAACAUAUAUUCUUCCAAACAUGUUAAGAAUGUCAUAAACAUAAUUCCCCCCCCCCCAACCAAUUUUUUUCCAGCUUUGGUUAACUAUUCUCACCACAUUACCAAUUUAUUAUAAUAGGGUGCAUUUUGAUGCAAUCUCUCCUAUCUUGCAGCUCAGUUGGAGAGCACUUACAGUACUUUGAAUGCAAAAGGGUUGUCAGGUUUAAUCCCUGGCAAGUUCAAGUAGGGCUGGGAAAGAUCCCCAUCUGACACCCUAAAGAACUGCUCAAUGUCAGUUUCCACAGUACUAACUUAACUGGACCAGUGGUUUAAUAUGUAUCCUGUAUAAGCUAAGUUGCUUAAAUGUUACAGGCAAAUAAAAAUCUAGUUUCAUGAAGACCCCAGGUGAUUCUUAACAACUGUGUAGGCCAGAACCUAUAGCAUUGCAAGCUGUUUCCAAGAAAUACACUGAUCAAUAUUACGCAUUUCAUUUCAUUUCAUGUCUGAACUGCCCUCUCUUCCAAGGCAACCCAGGGUGAUAUACAAUGGAAAAAAUGAAAGAACAAGAACCAUCUCCUAAUGUAGAUAACAAAACAUAGCUUUGAAAUAGGAGAAUACAAAGGUGUUUUUUCAUGGGGACUGCAUAUAUUUGUUGCACAAUUUGAUAAGUGCAUUUGCUUAUGUAGUUGUAUAAGACUAAAUAUGACAUAAUAGGCAUCACAUAAUAGGCAUCACUGAAACCUGGUGGGAUAAGUCCCACGAUUGGAAUGUAAUAAUGGAGGGAUACAAUCUAUUUCAGAGAAACAGACCAGACAAGAAAGGAGGAGGAGUGGCGUUAUAUGUCAGGGAUGUGUAUACCUGUGAAGAGAUCCAAGAUUUAGAACCUCAAAGCCAAAGUGAGAGCAUUUGGGUCAAAAUUAAGGGAGAGAAGAAUAACAGUGACCUCAUUGUGGGAGUUUACUAUAGAUCCCCAAGCCAAACGGAGGACAUAGAUGAUGCCUUCCUGGAACAGAUGGCCAAGCAUGCAAAAGGAAGGGAGAUAGUAGUAAUGGGGACUUCAAUUACCCGGAUAUUUGUUGGAUGUCAAACUCAGCCAAGAGCAUAAGGUCAAACAGAUUCCUCUCUGGCCUUGCAGACAACUUCAUUGUCCAGAAAGUGGGAGAAGCAACAAGAGGAACAGCCAUUUUAGAUCUGGUCCUAACCAAUGUUGAUGACCUGGUUAGUGGGGUAGAAGUGGAAGGAUCAUUAGGCGCGAGUGAUCAUGCUCUUCUGAAGUUUACUAUACAGCGGAAAGGAGCAGCCAAGCAUACUAGGACUCAAUUUCUUGACUUUAAGAAAGCCGACUUCAUAAAACUUAGGGAAGUGCUGGGUGAGAUCCCAUGGACAGUAAUACUAAAAGGAAAGGGAGUUCAUGAUGGCUGGGAGUUUGUUAAGAGGGAGAUAGUAAAGCACAACUUCAGGCAAUACCAAUGAGACGGAAACAUGGAAGGUGCCUAAAGAAGCCAGGGUGGCUAUCUAAAGAACUUUUAACUGAGUUAAGAUUAAAAAAGGAUGUGUACAAAAAAUGGAAAAGGGGGGAAACCACCAAAGAGGAAUUCAGACAAAUAGCCAGCACAUGUAGACACAAAGUCAGAAAAGCUAAAGCACAGAAUGAACUCAGGCUUGCUAGAGAGGAUAAAAGCAACAAAAAAGGCUUUUAUGGGUAUGUUCGUAGCAAAAGGAAGAACAAAGAAACAGUGGGGUCACUCAGAGGAGAAGAUGGUGAAAUGCAAACAGGGACACAGAAAGGGCUGAACUCCUCAAUGCCUUCUUUGCCUCAAUCUUCUCCGAUAAAGAAAACAAUGCCCGACCUGAAGAAUUUGGAGCAAAUGAUUCAGCAGAGGAAACACAGCCCAGAAUAACUAAGGAGAUAGUACAAGAAUACUUGGCUAGUCUAGAUGUAUUCAAGUCUCCAGGGCCAGAUGAACUGCAUCCAAGAGUAUUAAAAGAACUGGCAGAUGUGAUCUCAGAACCACUGGCAGUCAUCUUUGAGAAUUCCUGGAGAACAGGCAAAGUCCCGGCAGACUGGAGGAGGGCAAAUGUUGUCCCUAUUUUCAAAAAGGGGAAAAGAGAGGACCCAAAUAAUUACCGCCCAGUCAGUCUGACAUCAAUACCAGGGAAGAUUCUGGAGCAGAUCAUUAAGCAAACAGUCUGUGAGCACCUAGAAAGGAAUGCUGUGAUCACCAAUAGUCAGCAUGGAUUUCUGAAAAAUAAGUCAUGUCAGACUAACCUGAUCUCGUUUUUUGACAGAAUUACAAGCCUGGUAGAUGAAGGGAACGCAGUGGAUGUAGCCUACCUUGAUUUCAGCAAGGCAUUUGACAAGGUGCCCCAUGAUAUUCUUGUAAAGAAGCUGGUAAAAUGCGGUCUUGACUAUGCUACCACUCAGUGGAUUUGUAACUGGCUGACUGACCGAACCCAAAGGGUGCUCAUCAAUGGUUCCUCUUCAUCCUGGAGAAGAGUGACUAGUGGGGUGCCACAGGGUUCUGUCUUGGGCCCGGUCUUAUUCAACAUCUUUAUCAACAACUUGGAUGAUGGACUCAAGGGCAUCCUGAUCAAAUUUGCAGAUGACACCCAACUGGGAGGGGUGGCUAACACCCCAGAGGACAGGAUCACACUUCAAAACGACCUUGACAGAUUAGAGAACUGGGCCAAAACAAACAAGAUGAAUUUUAACAGGGAGAAAUGUAAAGUAUUGCACUUGGGCCAAAAAAUGAGAGGCACAAAUACAAGAUGGGUGACACCUGGCUUGAGAGCAGUACAUGUGAAAAGGAUCUAGGAGUCUUGGUUGACCACAAACUUGACAUGAGCCAACAGUGUGACGCGGCAGCUAAAAAGCCAAUGCAAUUCUGGGCUGCAUCAAUAGGAGUAUAGCAUCUAGAUCAAGGGAAGUAAUAGUGCCACUGUAUUCUGCUCUGGUCAGACCUCACCUGGAGUACUGUGUCCAGUUCUGGGCACCACAGUUCAAGAAGGACACUGACAAACUGGAACGUGUCCAGAGGAGGGCAACCAAAAUGGUCAAAGGCCUGGAAAAGAUGCCUUAUGAGGAACGGCUAAGGGAGCUGGGCGUGUUUAUUAUUUUUUAAAAAAUAAUAUUUAUUACUUUUAUAGAUUACAAAAAGAGAAAAAGAACAAGAAAGAAAAAACAGGGGAAAAAACAAAAGAGAAAAGAAAAAAGAAAAAAAACAAUACAAUACAAUAUAUAAACAAUACAAAACACACCCUAAGCUCAAAACUAAACACCUUAAACUAAGCUAAACAAACCCCACUCCCUAGCCUUAACCCUAAAUGAAACAAAACAAAAACAAUUUAAAAACAUACAUAAUCUCUUUUCCAUACUCUAUCUUUCAUUCCCUUGUUUCCUCGACCUCCUCUCACUUCCCUUUUUGUAUUCCACUUCUAUUAAUUGUUUCAGCAAAUCCUUUCCAUCUUUCUCCAUUUUCUGUAAUGUUGUAAAUAACGUAUUUUUAAGUUUAUUUUCCAUUAAAACUAAAAUACUUAUAUAUGCUUAACUCCUUAUAACAUUUCUACUAAGCCAUAAAAAAUACAAAAAAUCAUUCCACCAUUUUUCUAUGACUCAUUAGUUUUACCAUAAGUCUAUACAUAAACUUUAAAUUUUCCAAUCUUCUUCCACCAUCUCCUCUCCCAGGUUUCGGAUUCUGCCAGUCCUUUCCGUCAGCUCCAUAAAGUCCAUCAACCUGGUAAUCUUAUGUCCGAGGCUCUUAACUCUUUUCCAAGUCCCUUUCCCUUCUGCAGGUCUUCUUCAUUUUAUUUAAUGCUAAAAAGCAAAUCUCGGGGAAACUCCAACCUGUCAAUCCUUUUCUUCCUUCUGAACAAAUCAGCUAAAUUUCCAUAGUUAAAGCUACAGUCCAUAUUUCAGGGCAUAUUUCAGGAUUCCUCCAAGUCCAAAGGCCCCCAAAACUUCAAUCUCCUCCAGGCCCGAGUCCAUGUCCCCAAAGUCAGUUAAUCCCUGCAUAGAGGGCUCUUUCCAACUUUCCUUCUUUAAUCCAAACCGGGAUCCAUUCCUCAAUCAUAAAAGGCCUCAACUUAUAGUCCUCAAUUUGCUUCUGUAAAGCCACAGAUCUCACUUGUAUUAUUUUAUGUUCAACAACAGCAGCAUUCUCCUUCUCCUCCACCAUUUGUCCUGCCAAAAUUCCUGUACCAAGUCCUGAAUUAUUUCUGUGUUGGUGUUAGCUUUUUGACUCAAAUUGGUCACUUUCUGUUCCAAAUUAUCAACUUUAAAAGUCAUGUCAUCCAUCUUCUUGUGAAGUUGUCCCAGCGAACAGCUUAUCUUACAUAAAACAGUCACAAUGGCCUCUCCUGUCAACAUUUUUAAAUGGUCCAAGGUCGCUCUCUGGUUCUCAGAAUCCUUAUCUGCAGCUGGGAAUCCCCAGUUACACUCCUGUUACAGUUUCAAAAGCUCCCUCUAGAGGGAAACAGUCUCCACUUGUAUCAGUUCUUUCAUACAUUAAAGAUAAAUUUUCAGUUACUUUUCCUCUUUUUUAAGCACAGAAAAGGACAAUGGAAGCAGUAUCUUACUCUUAUUUAGCUAGCUGUCAAAUCCGUUCUGUCAAAUGCACUCUCUCCAAACGUCAUCUGGCAGCCCGUUCCCAGGUUCAGAGCAGUGGUAAUUUAAUUUUUCACUCUCUCCUGCAGGCUCACUAGAUCCAAAAUUUCCCCCUCUUCUCCUGCUUCCAAGGGGGGUUUUGUAUUUUAAACCGGUGGAAAUUUAAUCCUUUGCCAAAAGUUUUGAAAGGCUUUAACUUGUAACAUCUUUGCUUCAGUCUAUUUACAAAAACGGGAGGCGGGCUUCCUGUUUACAACCUUCCCGUUUCAAUGCCAAAUUAAAGUAUUUAAAAAUCCAAUUUUCCGUUUUACUCACGCGUAGUUGUUUAAAAUCCAAUUGUCCACAGGAAAAAGUCAGCGCUCUCCGGCAACAGCAAUGCGGCUUCACUCCGUGAAAGAAGCAGUCGAUUCAAAGCACCGAGCCACUCACCCCACGUCGCUCCGGACCCCCAAAACAGGGUUUCCCCGUGAGUAGGGGAGGCGCAAAAGGUGCCAGCCGAAUCCCAGGUUCACAAGCUUCUCCCGCUUGUGAUUUCAGUGGGUCUCCACCUUCGCCGUGGCGGUCAGACCCUGUUUUUCACAGAGCAAGUUCCUUCCGAAUGGAGGAGCUCCGCCAUUGCCGGAGGCGCCAACCCGGAAGCCCUGGGAGCUGGGCAUGUUUAGCCUGGAAAAGAGGAGGUUAAGGGGUGAUAUGAUAGCCAUGUUCAAAUAUAUAAAAGGAUGUCACAUAGGGGAGGGAGAAAGGUUGUUUUCUGCUGCUCCAGAGAAGCGGACACGGAGCAAUGGAUUCAAACUACAAGAAAGAAGAUUCCACCUAAACAUUAGGAAGAACUUCCUGACAGUCAGAGCUGUUCGACAGUGGAAUUUGCUGCCAAGGAGUGUGGUGGAGUCUCCUUCUUUGGAGGUCUUUAAGCAGAGGCUUGACAACUAUAUGUCAGGAGUGCUCUGAUGGUGUUUCCUGCUUGGCAGGGGGUUGGACUCGAUGGCCCUUGUGGUCUCUUCCAACUCUAUGAUUCUAUGAAGACAGUGUGGUAGGAAUAUGCCUUUUUAAAACAGGAAAUAAUGCAGUAUAUAUUCCUAAUACUUGAAGAAGCAAAUACAAUAAAAGUUGAAGCUGAAGUUAAGGAAGUCUCCAUAAAACAAAGCAAAAACCCCUGAAAUUAAAGUAAUUAAUUUUGAGACUUUUAAUGAAUAGUGUGAAAACAUCUUUUUGGAGUAAAGUGUAUUACAGAAAGCGUCUCAUUAAGCUGGAUAAAUUGCAACAUUAAGUGUCCAUGGUUUAAUAAUGUGAUUUUCUCUCCCUUUUAUUAGAGAGAAUAUUUUUGAGUCAUGUGCCAUUACAGAAAAUUAAAUCAGUAUCUCCAGCAACACUCAAUUUAAAAUCCAAAAACAACAACACAUAUCCUCCUUUCAAGGUUUAAAGAACUACAUAAUAUUGGUUGGCUUCUUGAUGCUUUUAAUGAACUUUUUAGGUCUGAUAGGAAAAACCUGGACAUUUCUGUGAGUAAUGAUCUGUUGGCUUGAGUGGAUCUGUUGGUCUGCAUAUUUAGUUUAGUGAUUGAACUCUUAAUUUUAAAAUACUUCACCAACGAAGGUUAGAGCCAAGUUCACAUGCUUACUGAGUGAUCAUCAUCAUGCAGUGACUAGAGUGGGGAAGGGCAAUUGUACUUACUAGGAAUAUGUAUAUGGACCUCCACAUGGCCAUGGUACAUGCAAUAUGCUACUGUAUGUGGAUAGGGGAGAGGAGGGAUGUGUUUGAUUCAUGCACAGCUGAUCACCAAUACAGUAAAAUCAAACGGUGUUCAAGCUUCUCAUAGGCAUUGUGAGAGCAGGAUGCUGUGAGAACAUGAUGCUGGACUACACGGGCCAUUGGCCUGAUCCAACAAGGCUUGUCUUAAGUUCUUAACGGUUUUGGUUUGACAUAAACGUUUCUCUUUCUGUUGACUGUAUUUUUGUUAUCUUGACUCGUCUACCCCUUUGUUUUUGUUAUAUUUUAUUUGUUUAAUUAUUUGGAUUUUAAAUUGUAUAAAUUGUUAUCUCAGUUGUCCUCCAAAGCAGCCAAUGAGCAGGACAUGGAUACACUUUGUAAAGAAUGAAUGAAUGAAAUGGGCUUAGCCUUCCAUGUGUGAGGUACCAUAGCAGAAGAAUGCUCCAGUUGACCUGACUAGAAGUCAACCUGGUCAGGUAAGAAAGGGCAGGGAAAUGCUAGCGACACCAACGCUCAGCCCCAGUGGGUAAACCGAGGGAGGAAAGUGCCUUCAUUCUUCCUCUUAAAGGAUUCUAAGUUCAUACAGGGCGAAUGCCUGAAAAGCGCUAUUGAUAUACCACCAAAAAAUAGAUGUUCUGUAUGUUUAGUUCAUACUUUCCUCUUUAUACCCUGCCUUUUCACUCAACGGGCAUAUAAUGCAGCUUACAGCCGUAACAUAAAAUAUUCUGUACAAUCUGCAAACACAAAGUGACAUUUCAGUAGAGAAAGCUUGAACAGGACUGUGUGAUCCCCAUUCCCCCAGAUGAAUUCUAAAUGACAUGGAACAGCUUUAUAAGACAAAGUAUGAAACUCCACCAAAUGGCUUCUUUUAUGGCUACCUUAGAUCCUUCAAUCCAAUGAAAAAUUGAACACUUGCCUCAUUCUACAGUUGAGUGACUUGCCUGAGUCAUUGGUUCCACUUCUGGGAGCUUUGAACACAAGGCAUUUUGGUCACACUUUUUCCCUCUUAGGUAUCCUAUUCAGUGCUAAAGUAUAAAAUGGAUUUCAUUAAAAGUGAAAGUAAUAGAAAGCUUACAUCGUGCUCUUGUGAUGCAAAUAUUAGAUGAAAUGACACGUCGCAUACUAAACGAUUUCAGUUUUUCAAAGCAGUCAGUUUUGAGGCGUUGCAUUUAAAGUAGUUGGAAGAAAUCAAUAGCAUACCUGCUGCAGCAAAACAUCCAGGAGAAUCUUUUGAGGGAAAGGAAAUCUUUUGACAUAUCCAUGCUGAUAUGGAUAAAGUUUGCUGCUUGUGUCAAGAAACCUAAUCUGCCCAUAGGAAGCUGCCAUUACUGAUCAGUGGUUCAUCUAUCUCAAUAUUGUGUACACUGACUAGCAGCAGCUAUCAAGGGUUACAGACAUGGGGCUAUCCCUAUCCCUACAUGAUGCUGGGGAUUGAAUCUGGGACCUUCUGCGUGGAAGCAGAUGCUCUACUACUGAGCUAUGACCCUUUCUCAAAUUUAUCUACAAAAUGGUGAAGUGGACUUUGUGGUAUGAGAGUCAACGUUGCAGCCUAUCACUUACCAUUUGGGGCAGAGCCAGAAGCAGCACAUCCAGUGGGGCAGAGCCACAGUACUAGCUUCCUGGUGGUUAUGUCACUGCCACGUACCACGAGGGGUGGUAGUGAGGCAACAGGGAGGUCAGAGUGGUGUGGGUGCACCGGAAAAAAACAAUCCUUUGCUUCUGCUAGUGUGCCCUGCACUCAACCUCUCCCAGUAAGCAGGAACAAUACCUCUGCUGGCAUUGCAUCUCCUCCCCACUUCUGGGCAAAGGAUAGCAGCACUACCCAGCUCACCAUUAAAACUCCUAAAAAGCCCCAACAUCAGUCUAUUGGUGUCUUGUUCGAUGAAUGGAGUCUGCAUAUACAGAGGCAGUAUAUCAGAGGCAUUGGGCCUGUAAUUAGAAUUAGCUGGAUUCAUUAGAAUUAGGACUUGGGUCUGAUCCUGUAAAGCAGUUCUUGAGCAUUGCUUUAGCAGAUAGGCGCACGCACGCACGCACACGCACCAUUUUCUGUAUAAAAUAUGCAUUUAUGAAAAGAAAUGUUGCAAUAAAAAGGGACUUCUGCAUGAUUAAGUGAGCAAGAUAGGCUGCAAUUCUAACCCUUCUUACCUGGGAGUAAGCCCCACUGAAUUAAAUGUGACUUACUUCUUAGUGCACAUGUUUAAAAUUGCAGCUGUAGAUUGUUUGUGGCGGGCCAUUAGUCACAUCAUUAACUUUGCCUUUAAGGUGCUACAAGAUUCUUCAUUGUUCUUGCUGCAAAUGGCUAGCAAGGCUGCCCCUCUGGAAAUUCAUUCACUUUGAACAGGAACACAGAGGGAAGAUAACUGAAUUGUAAAUAUUUGUUGGUGUCUGUUGUGUACCAUGAAGUAUUAAAAAAACAACAACAUCCAUAUGAGUGGUUGACAAAACAAGAAAAAGACUUGAGCAACAUAGACCAAUAGCAGCAGAAUAGAAAAUAUUAGUUGAAAGUGUGAAUGAAUAUUGGAACAGACUGAGGCAUUUUCAUAAAUUUCUGGUGGCAAAGAAAAUAACAAAACAGUACAUACAAAUGUGUGUGUGUGUGUGUGUAUAUAUUUAUAAGAUCAAAAACAUUUUAAAAUAUUAAGAACAUCUGAAAACACAAAGCCGUAUAAAUAUUAAUUUCAAGGUUACCAGGAACCGUGUCUUGCAGCCAUCAAAUUGCCAAGGUAUAAUAAACAGGCAGGUAAUAAAUAUGGGAGAGGGGCCAAAUAAUCAGCAUGCUCUGUAGUUUAAUUUUUAGCGCCAGAUUUUAUUUAAAGUUCUUACAAUUAUUGCCAACCCCAAAACUGCUGGUGUUGCUACUUGAAGUUCUGCUAAGUUUGCUAAUGGAAGAGUUGCUAGAAGAGAUAAAUAUGUCUGAGUAUUUAACAUAAAUAUUGUGGCCAAAAAAUCCUAAGACCACCUUUAAUGCACCAAGAAGGAAGCAGUGGACUGCAGUUGCAAGCAAAACUAAAUAAAGAGACUUGUUGAAGAUGUUAGUGUUUAGUUUCAGAAGUAUCCUAGGGAAAUAUGCUACAUAGGCCAGUACUGGUGCAGCUGCGAUGUGCAGAAACCAUGAGGGAUUGCAUUAUUGACGCUGAAUCCAUAUUGAAUACAACAUAUUUAAUGUACUUAGGCAACUAAGGACCUACCGUAUUUUUUGCUCCAUAAGACGCACUUUUUUCUUCCUAAAAAGUAAGGGGAAAUGUCUGUGCGUCUUAUGGAGUGAAUGCGUGGUCCCUGGAGCCGAAUUGCCCAGGGGCGAAAAGCAGAUCGUGCUUUUUAUUUUUAAAAAGAGGGAGGGGGGUGUUGGAACAAAGCCACUUAGCAGCUGAUCAGCAAGCGAUUGGGAGGGGAGAUAAGGGACUCUAGCAAUAAAGGAGGCUGCCACAGCAUGAACCACAAAAAUCAAACAUCCACUGUUUCGUUCAGAAUAUUUCCCCCCUUUUUUUUCCUCUAAAAACUAGGUGUGUCUUAUGGAGCGAAAAAUACGGUAAUUGCAUGCUACAUAAAUGAUGUGAUCUUAGAGUUUGUUAGAAAUAACUUACAUCUUAGAGUUUGUUAAAAACAACAACAAGUGUGUAGGGAAGUGGGGGCUAGGCCUUUGUUUCCCAGCCUCUCCCACAGAGCAAUUACCAUUAGAGGGGAAAACUUCCCAUUGGCUCCAGUGUUGAUUGCAAAGGUGCUAGGUGGUUUUUACCCAGAUCACAGCUGGAAAAAAAGACUUAAACCAACCUUCCUGGCACACAGAGGUGCUAGUCACAGCCACCCUACACAUAUAAACACACCUGGUCAUUAAUUUUUCAAAAUCCACAGCAGGACUGCUAAUCACAUCGUUCACAUAGCAUGCUGGUAUGUUAACUGAGAGCAGCUACCUUGUCAAAAGCUUUGUAAGGAAAGGUAGGCUGAAAUGACAUAGGACAUCUGCAGGGGGAUAGGAAAUCAGCAGUAGAACAUUGUGAACGAAGACAUCUGCUAGAUUAGCACAGAUGGGCUUGUGAUAACUUUAUGAGAGCAGCCUAGGUUUUCCCAUCACACAGGAAAUUAUCUGAUUAAUUUCAAUAUACAGUCAGUCUGCAAAUAUUAGUCUCCAUUCGACAUAUUCCUAAGUAUUUCCUAUGCUGGAUCUUCAGAUGGCUUAAAUCAACGUAGUACAGAACAAAUUAAGGCUACCAGUAGGGAUGGAAGGAUUGAUCAGUUUUGAUUCUCUUAGUUUCUCAUUUUUCUAAUCUUAAAUUCAGCUGCCAUGUUUCUGCAGCAAUUUGCAAUUUUUUUUAAACGAUCAUUAUGGAAAUGCUUCAUUUUAGUAUGAUUUCUGCAGUUUUGAUUAAUAUAUGUAUCUUUUGCAAGUAGCUUCUAAUAUAAUGCAUUUUCUAUGCUAUCUUCAGUAAUAUAUUCAUUUUUAAAAGCAUUUCCCCAUUAUAUAUAUAGUACUGUACAAAUAGUUUUGAGAUACUUUUUGUGCGGUACAUAGGAAACUGCCUUAUACUGAGUCAGACCGAUGGUCCAUCUAGCUCAGUGUUGUCUACACAAUGGUUGUCAGAGGCUCCUCUGAGUUUCACUCUUUCAGCCAUCCCUGGAGAUCCUGGAGCUUGUAUACAAAGCAUGUGUUUAAUCACUGAGAAUCGUGCUUUAUCAGCGUGCAAGAGUACACGUGUGACACUGCAACACUGCAAAAAAACAAAAAUACAAAAAUCUUGAGGCUACCAUAUUAUGAUUGCUUUAACUAUCCUCUUUUUUUGGUGGGGCGCAGUGUUUAUCUCUCCCUCUCUCUCUCUCUCUCUGUGUGUGUGUGUGUGUGUGUGUCUGUGUGUGUAUACAUCAGUGACAUCAAGUGGAGGGUAGGUGCAAAUUAAGUGAAGAAACUCAAAGCUGUAGCAAAUUGAGCAUGCUUCAAUGCCAGAAUUAUAGAAAUACUUCUGGUUAAAUGGACUCUGGAAGAGUAAAAGAAGAAGAAGAGUUUGGAUUUGAUAUCCCGCUUUAUCACUACCCGAAGGAGUCUCAAAGUGGCUAACAUUCUCCUUUCCCUUCCUCCCCCAUAACAAACACUCUGUGAGGUGAGUGAGGCCAAGAGACUUCAAAGAAGUGUGACUAGCCCAAGUUCACCCAGCAGCUGCAUGUGGAGAAGCGGGGAAGCGAACCCGGUUCCCCAGAUUACGAGUCUAUCGCUCUUAACCACUACACCACACUGGGUGAAUUUAUGGAACACAAGGAAUGCAAUGUGGACAAUCUAUUGCUAGCCCUCAUUGAGGCAGUAAUUGAUGCAAAAGGGGCCCAAACCAAGUACUGAGUACAUAUGCAUGCUUCUACUUCUCAGAGGUCCAACAUUGCUCUAUUUGCAAUCCUUGUUUUGCUGAUUUCAUUUAAUCUAAUUUUCUGAGAUUGUUAAUCUGGGGUUUUCAUCAGCUGUACGCCAUCAUCAUCAUCACAAUUAUAACAAAUAAAGGCUUGACAUAUCUCACUUUGCAUGUCAUGAAUCUAUCUCAUAUAUUAGUUUCACCUUUUAAGUUGAAUUACUGAAAUAAAUGAACUUUUCCACGAUAUUCUAAUUUUCUGAGUUUUACCUGUAAGACCACUCCAUAUACAUUUGUGUAACUAAACAAAUAAUACCAUACUUAAAAAGAAAGAAAAAUCUUUGUAGCCAAGGUUUAGGCAUCACAUUAUGCUUCUCAUCAAAGUCUGCUUUGCUUGCUUACUGUCUUUUGUGUAUAUUUAGAUGCUGAUUGAGCAAAAUCUGGUGAAUUAAUUACUAGCAUAAUUAUGUAGCAUUGGUUAAAUUAUUCUCGAUUCCCUGAUUGAUGGGAGACGACUCAGCAGUUUUACCACUCACACAAAGCUUUACCUGGCUCCAAGGCCUCAUUUAUUCAACCAUUUUCAAGAAACUCCCACUGCCCAAUUUUUUCAGGUAUGCUGAGGGCAUGAUCCCUGCUCUUCCUGUGACUGGGCUUUCUGUCUUGCCCACCACCACCAUUGCUCCUAAGCUCCAGGGGGCAAUGAAAGAACCAGAGAUCAAAGUGGGGCUCACAAUGGGUUCAUUGGGGGUGGGGACACCGGCAAGGCAUGUCUGAGAUGAGGCCCCUCAGGCUGCCUUUGGACUGGCAUGCAGUGUUAGAAACUGGGAUAGAAAAGCUAGGAGCCAAAUGGCUCCUGGGACUUGGGUUGUGGGCGCCAAAACAGAAUGUCUAGUCACCAUUUGGGUUGGAAACACUUUAUAUUUAUUAUUUUGAUAAGCAUGAAGCAAAGCACAAUUCACCUAAGUGACACAUUGUUAGUACCACAUUUUCAACAUAAAUUGUUAAUACAUGUUUAAUUAGGUGUUUACAAUAAAAAUAUUGGUACCAUACUUCAGUUUUCAAAACACUCUACUUAACUCCUUAACAUCUAUCCUUAACAUAUACUUUGAGGUUUCAAAACACAUACGUUUCUGUAAUCCUUGAGUGUCAGCCAGGCACAAAAAAUGGCACCCAGACUUUUUUAGGUGCUCGCAAAUGGAGAAUCCUUAGGCACAAAAUGUGUCUGGCGCCCUGCUAAUUUUGAACCCUGCUAGCAUGGUUUUCUCUUUGUCUUCAGUGGGAGCAGGAUCUGAGUGAGCUGGGAUCCUGACACUCAUAACAUUAAAUAGGUUGAAGCACCUUAAACUAUAAAAAACUUUAUAGCAUUUUUGUGAAUGGGAUUUAUAUUUUCUUUUUGUGCGCUGUUGGUGUUUGACUGUGGAUCACUUCUAAAACCUUGGUUGCCCUACAUAUGAAUUGUACUGCUUUUAUGAGCACUUGCAAAAUACAAAUUAUUCAAGCUUCCUGACUUCAUUUAUAGCUACAGGGGAUCCUCUCCCUCCCACCCUUCAUCAAUUUUUCACCUCUAAUCGGGAGGUCUAAGGAAUAAAUACAGCCCUGGUGAAAUAAGAGCUUCUUCUUUCUGUCUUUAAUGAUUGAGAAUGUGUAAUACUCAUUUGGAGUGUAGUGUCCUUUUAAUCAAAACAAAUAGAGUAAUUUCAGAGACCUACACCAGGUAACCUUUAGAAAGGAGGAUAAAAAUCAUUACUGGGAGAUAAUAAAACAAUAAAGCAAAUCCAUUUCUUUUCAUUUCCCUGCAUCCAGUGGCAUUUUUAUUCGUACAAAGAUCAACCUGGAUUAACUUCCAUUCUCUUUGAUUAGCCCUUAUUAAGGUGAUAGCAUUUCUGCAGCACAUCAGUGUUGGACAUACACGUACUUUUAACAACCACCGUGAAGACGUGAGUCGGGUGAAAGGGGAGCGGGAGCCUCACACCUUCUGUACGUGGUGUUAAAGCCAUUUCUCAGAUGGAAAGUACAAUGGUGCUCCUGGGCAUCUGUGGUUCAGGGCCUAUUGUGAAGCUACAUGUAUACAGGGGUAUUUAAGAUCCAUUGGCUGAUUGUAAUACGAAAAAGAAGCUUUUGGCAGUUUGCAACUUUGAUCUGGGAAAGCAUGCUCAGUCCUUUUUCCAGACUUCAUUUUCGGCUCCGGGUUGCACUUCUCCAGGAGGGGUCAAGACUGGAUCUUUUCUCAGAGUAAGGCAGGUGCUGCUGUUGCUUCACCACAGCAGCUAGAAUUUUUCUUUCAAGGUUAGUUAAAAGUUAAUUUAGUAACUUUCAGUUUUAAACUAAUUUUUUAAAAGAAUUUCCAGCUGCAAUAACAAGGCACUCUCCUGGGCCAUCUUACCCAUAAUGUCUUGCUCUAAGGAAGGACCUCUUCCCCCAGCGUAAGAAAAAGAAGGGGAGGCAGAGGAUCAGACCAAUGGCCCAUCUAGUCCAGCAUCAUGUUCUCACAGUGAUCAACCAGAUCCCUCAAAGGGAAGCCCACAAGCAAGAGGACUCUCCCCUUCUGUGGUUUCCAGCAACUGGUAUUCAGAAACAUUACUGCCUCCAGUUGUGGAGGGCAGAGCAUAACAUCAUGGCUAGUAGCUAUCAAUUGCCCUCUCCUCCAUCCAUUUGUCUAAACCAAGAGAGCCACGCCAGAGUGGUGGGUGGCGGCAGCAGUGGUCAGUGAGGCAAAUGAGUAGGGCUCUACCACCCCUGCCACCCCUUACCAUUUUAUACGGUUGCUUCAUGAAAGUACCAAGCCUGAAAUUCAGAAUGCUGCAUACUAGUUGUAGGAAAGAACUGUGGUUGGUAGGAAUACAGACAAAAGGACUUAUAUUGAAAUGGAUUGUGUCUGGGAGAAGCCAGGGAACCAGUAAUAAUUGUUCUACAUGUAAAACAGACAGAUUAAACACUGCAUAAUUGACAGCUUCCCUCACAAAGAAAAAAAAAAAGAUUUGGUAAGAGUUGAAAUAUGAAUGAAUUUUAUUGAAGGAGUGAUCGUAUCCCACCGGAGGAAGAUUUUAAUGCAUCCGUGUAUGUUCCGACAAGGACACUGCAUUGUUAAGAGACUUAGUUUUACCUACUUCAACUUAGGUUUACCUACUUCUCAAGCUUCUUUUAUGCAGAUUGAGGCCAUUGGGGAAACUGAAUGAAAUCUAAUUCAAAAAGAAGGAAAAGGUAGUGGAAUGAUGAUGCACCACUCACCUUAUAGCUAGCCAAAUAAAAUAAAUUAAAAUGGACAGGCCAGUUGUUGGAAAAUUUAGUUUCCUCCAGCACUGAGAAUCUUGGGAGCCUAGUCAAACAUCUAUUGAAUUAAAAUGUCUUCACUGUUGCUUUUUAGGUUUGGAAAAAAAACAUGAUAAAGGUGUGCAAAAUGAACUGUAUGGACAAAGUAGAUAGAGAGAGAUUUUUCUCCCUCUCUCAUUUCAUGAGGACAUGGGAUAAUCCAAUGAAGCUGAAUGUUGGAAGAUUCAGACGAGACCAAAAAUAAAUAAAUCACAAGAUGUAGUGAUGGUCACCAAUGCGAAUGGUUUUAAAAGAGGGUAAAGCAAAUUAAUGGAGGAUAGGAAAUCCAAUGGCUACUAGCCAUAAAAGCUAUGUUCUGCCUCCGGUGUUGGGGGCAAUAUGUCUUUGAACAAUGGUUGUUGUGAAUCUCAUAGGCAUCUGGUUCGUCACUGUGGGAACAGGAAGCUGGACGGUGAGCCUUUGGACUGAUCCAGCAGGGUUUUUGUUAUGUUCUUAAUUAUCCAAAUAACUUGAGUGUUUCAACAGCUGGGAGUGUUUCAUUACCUUCCUCUCCUUAUUGGGAGAAUGUAGCUAUAUUACAAAUUAAAACACAACUAUUACUUUUGGGGUGGGGAGGGAAUAUGGAUGUCUCUUGUUCUUUCUAGUCUUGUGUGGCUCACCAGUAGGGGUGCUUCUGCUUCAAGUCUCAGAAGUCAGUCCUAUUGAAUUCAGUGAGGCUUUCUUACAGGUAAACAGUGUUAGGAUUAGCAGUCCAAUUCAGUUAUUUCCUGCCUAGGAGGCUUUCAAACAGAAGGGUACCUGCUCUAUAAACAUUGGAUUUCACUGAUUUUACCCCAGAGAAUCAAGAUGAGUAAUGUUAAUAUAACUAAUGAAAAUGUUUACAUUUUGAAAAUACAAAUUGAAUUGAGUAAGGUAGAUUUCUAAACAUGAAUUAGACCUUUGACAUCUGAUGCAUCUCUUCCACUUAUGUAGAAUAUUUUGUUCCAACAGAUGCUUCCACCAGUGGAAGGGAAGGGUAAUUUUCUUCCAUGCUGUUCUGGAGAGUCCCCAACCUUCUGGAAUAGAUUUUUCAGGGUGUGCAAGAGGCUGCAACAAAUAUGGGAAAUUUGUCUUCCCUCCUCUUACAUUAGUAAAAGACUCAGACCACUGGCUGAUGAUGUAUAAAUAUUUGUUGUUCUUCCUUAGAUUUAAUUUUUGUAUCUGCAUAAAUAGAGAAGUUAGGCUUCUCUCUAAUCCUGCCUGAUGAUCACAUUUCUAUGUCGCUGUGUGUACAUACAGUGGAAUUUGUGGGACAAGAUGUGUACUUGCAGUUUUCCUAAAGGAAAGUGAGAUCUUUGUGGGACACUGUAGAGUGCAAUACAUCAUACUAAUGAGGCGAUGGGCUGUUUUAUGCUUCACAGUGGAGUUUUUCCUUUGUUCUGCUGAUUUGAAUCCCUGUUGAACUUGUAUCAAUAAGACCAGGCAUACACUGAAUAUAUGGCAGUUUUCCUUUCGUUGGUUUGUGAUCUGAAGAUCAUAUGGGAAGAAAUCAAAGGCCACAGUGAGGAUUUGUGCUUACUGGAGCAAGUUGCAGGGGGUGUGGUUCUACCAGUCGUUUUAUACCAUGGUUAUUCUUAAGGGAGAAGUGAUUGAUCAUAUGUAGCUCAGUGGUAGAAGAUAUGCUUUGCAUGCAAAAAUUUCCAGGUUCGAUCCCAUGUGUCUCUAGGUAGGACUGGGAAAAGCUCCUUCCUGUCUCAAACCCUAGUGAGCUGCUAAUUGAUCUCAUGAAGAUCUCUUUUACUGAGGAAGUAAAUAUGAUUUGAGCGUGUCUGCAUAUUAUGUACAGUAGGCAGAUAUAAUGGGAUAUCCUGGACAGUGCUACCUUGGGCUGAAGGUAGUAUGUCAUAGUUUUGAAUGAUUUCCCUAAUCUUUUCUCCCCCCUGCCCCCAGUUUAAAUACUUUAUUGAAAUUCAUAGAUAUCAUACAAAACAUACUAAGAUGAAAACAAUCGUGUACUAAUAAUCUUAUAUAUGUUUACAAAAAAUAAAUUUAAAUUAAAUUUAUGCAAUCUCUUUUUUCCUAUCUUUUUUGCUAACAUAGAAUAGAUUUCCUAUCAUUUCCCGAUGCAUAUGACCUUUCUGGUGAUGAAUGUACUUAUCAUUAUUACCUUACCCUUUCUGUACUUUCUAAUACUUUCUUACAACAAUUCAUACCUUUAUGCUUGUUUUUUAACAGUUUGUUUAGACAAGGGUCAUUCAAACACUGCCAUAGAUAUUGUAUUGCUGUUAUUCUGUAGAUAUCUCUUAUACAUAUCCCAUUUUUUAAUAAAUGAUUGUCUUGUAUUACCUCUUAGCCUGUUAGUCAAUUGUGCCAUUUCCGCAUAUUCCAAUAAUUUGCACUGCCAAUCUGAUAAGGUUGGAACUUUUCCCCCUUUCCAAUUCAUUGAGAUCAGUAUUCAGGCUGCAGCCGUUGUAUAUAGAAAAAUUUCUCUUAGAUUUUUUGGAAUGUCUUUACCUAAAAUUCCAAGCAGAAAGGCUUCUGGCUUUUUUAAGAACGUUAACUUAAGAUUUCCCAAAGCUCUUCAAGAAAACAACAACAAAAACAAACCCAGGCAUGUAGUUAAUAUAUGAUUAGCACAUCAGAUAGAGAAGGGGUCUCACAGCUAGUGCCUGUGGGUACACAUGUGCCUGCAGAGGCCUUCCCUGUUGCAACAGGGUCCUAUCAUCCAACUAAAAUUUGGCUUGAAAAAUCACCCCAUUGUAGCCAAUAGAAUAGGGUAUGAUAUGUACUUAAUUGCGGGUGGUGUGUGAGUUCCCCAUGACAGUUUCACCAGUCUGCAAAUGGGCCCAUGGAUCCAAAAAAGUUGGUGACCCCUGAGAUAGAGACCUAGCAUAGCUCUCUUCUUCAUAUGCUUGUUUAUUAUAUGUGCAGAAUAUAUAAUAGAUAGAUGAAAAUUAAGAGAGCAUUCACAAACAUGACCUUGCGCCUCACUUGCAGUCAUCUGUUAUCUCAGUCUAGUAUCUUUUUCUGCACAAUGUAUAGAAACAAUCUUUGACAGAACAAUAUGCUCCUUUUGUGGAGUUGUUGCUUUCUUCCUUUUUAGGUGUCAGAAUGCUGGGGGCUGUCAUGUACUGGAGAUGUUGCUAAGACAACCAGCUACUACAACAGAGUUUUGCUUGAAAAGGUGGCAGGCCAGGGACAUUGUUAAGCCAGGAGCUUUUGACAUCCUGUGGAAACAUAUCUUUCCUGACAGCAAAAAAAAUGGACAGUAGUCAUUAUUUCGGGGAGAAGUCACGAAGGAACAGCCUCCCUUCUCAUCAAACAUACUUUUGUAUGAUUUCUACCUUGUCUCCCAGCUAGCUUUUAAAAAUACUCUCCAGCUCCACAGCAAACAAAAGUUCUUGUUUUCCGAAACUCCUAAGGUACCAGAAAGCAAAGUUGCUUCUUGUAAGCAACAACAAGAUUGCAUUAAAUGUGUCCUCUUUUAAGGAUUUUUUAAAAAGCCAGCAGUAGGACAACACAACUCUUUUCCUCAGUUAUCCCAGUUUUUUAUUCAAUGGAUGUCCUUCCUUUUUCUAGGAGGGUGUGGAGGGACACGGGUAUUUCAUAGGGUUGUGCACUGGUUUUGACCAAGGUGCAAAUCCCAAGCCAAAUUGGGCCUAUUCAGAGAGAUUUGGGCAUUGUUCAAGGUGGGUUGAGACAGCCAGAAAUCACUACAGUCACUUUUGAUGGCCCAGAGUGCUCCAGGGCUGCUAGGGUGUGGCGCAUCAGGCAGGAAGGAGAAAGUAGGUGCCCUACAAUGCUCCACCUUGCAGGAUCACCACCUUCAUUCAACAGCUGUUCAGCUGAGGCAUCAGUCCUGUGGGGUGCUUACUUGCAAGCAGUUUCCCUGCAGAGAAGUUGAUCGUAAAGGAGCAUCCUGCAGAAUUGAGCCUCACUGCAGGGGAGGGCAGUGGGGAAGACAAAUAUGUUUUCUCUCUCAUGACUGUGUGGGCAUCAGAGGGGCAGGGGGCAUUGGAGAAGGAGGAGGGAGGUGGGUGACAAGGGUUGGAAGCAGUGAGUGGUGCGUGUGUCCCAGGACUGGAUCUGCCGCCACUCCCAGGUGUGGCCCUCAUGGGAGAGCCGGCCCUGCUUACCAGGCCCCAGAGUCUAGCAUUCCAAACUGCCUCUCACUCAGUGCUGUAGACAGCUUCUCUCCCCGUCUCUUCAACCUGAGCCAACUGAUUCAACUACCUGAGCAAGUUUUCGGUCACCAAGCCACUCUGCCUUCCUUUCAAGUCUUAUUUCUUCUUCCUCGAUCCUCAUCCUCUCGUGUCUUCUUCUUCUGACUGUUCACUAUAAACACCAGACAACAUGGACUUUCACCUCAACAGGCAAAUGACGUCCCCCAUCAAACACAUUGCAAAUGACAGAAUGCAUUAUACAAGACCCAUCAAAACACAAUGAAUUUCUUCAUAGAGGGAGCCAGGGGAGCCAGUAUCCCAAGCCUCUUGUUUUCCCUACCUUGUAAGGGUUAUUGGGGGAAGGAGACUGCCAUGAUUGUAAGAUCAGACCCAGCUUCCUUCUAUGUGAGAGAAGCAGUUGAGGUGGAACCAGUCUCUAAGAACAGGGAACACUGAGGUUUAAGUGUGUCAUCUAGGUGGCCACUGUGUGAACAGGAUGUCAGGCUACAUGGGCAUCAAGCGAGGCUCUUCUUAUGCUCUUACGAUAUUAUCAGAGCUGUAUUUGUUUCCAAAAAAAGUCAUAAUAUGACUGUGCUUUACUUUUAGUUCAUAACUUUAUGAGGUGAUAUUUCCCCCUUCUCUUACUUGUUACUUGCCAUGGUGCGGUCACACAGAUAAAGAUAUUCCAAUUUCUGACAUUUAAAGAUUAUCAACAGUAUCUAUCCUUUCUGGCAUGUAAAUGGCAAAAUAAUAAUUGUAGGGGUUUUGUUUGGCAUAUCAUUGAUUAACUUAUUUAUAAGUACUUAAGUGCUGUCAGCUCUGUUCACAAUUCAUAUGGAGAGCCUUCAUAAUUCAUAAGGAGAAGCACCUUAAAUCCAGCAUCCAGUGGCAGCUUCUCUCCCAGGGUCAACAGCCACUUCAUGAGAUUAUUUCCCCCAGAACUACAGUAUAGGAGGAAAGGGUUAAACUGCACUGCAUGUGCAGCAGUACUAAGCCUGAUUUCCUCCAUACAGCUGCUAUUUUUAAAGGAGAGGGGACAACGACAAAGUAAAUGCAGUCACACAUUUAAUGGAUUGUCUCUUUCAUCCAUUAGACAGUAAGCUCCUCAGGGCAGGAACCUGUCUUCUUUACAGUUACCCUGCAAAGCAACAGGCACAUCAGUGACUGGUGUUACAUGAAUAACAACAAGCAUGGUGAUUUGUAUGAUUUAUUUGCAAGUGACGCUUUCUCAGAGAACAACUAAUGACGGUAAUUUUGAGAACUACAGAAGCCGAUGUACCACACUUUUUCCAUUCUAAGAAAUAAUAACAAUAGGUCUGCCACUGAUGAGCAUGGCUGUCAAUUAUGAAAGUUCAAACCCAGGUUGUAAUAUUUGACAUAACUUAGUGGGUAUCCCAGAUUUCCAGCCAGCAUAUAAUCAGUGUAAUAUACAAGGGGAGGUUGGGAGAAGACUGGCUUGCAUUAAAAAAUAUAAUAAAUUGAAUGCCACAAGUGUGAAGUGAAAAUGAUUUGUUUAUGUUCUUUUGGAGUAAAAUAUGUUUUAAUUUUUCCAUCUGCAUUGCUGCAAUGAUUUGAAAGCCAGAUCACGUCUACCCAGUAGCAUUAUUACAAAACUGGAAUUAAAGCUCAGCCUACUCAAUCUAUCUGUAUCGUAAAGCAGUCAAGAAAACGCUGAUGGUGGUUGAACACUUGAUAGUUUGUCAGGCUUUAUGAACUAAUGGAGUGUAGAUCAUCAAUAAUUAUGUUAAUAAUGGAUUUAUGGUACUAUUUUUAAACAAAGGAAUAGUGUAAGGAAUAUGCCUGAAUGACUGAUUAUGAAAGAACCAUAACACCCCCACCCCCACCCCCCGUGUAUGUGUGUGUGUUGUAAAGUCUGAGGAGUGAAAUUCACUGUUAUGGGAAUGAAUUAUAUGUGAUUUUUUAAAAAAGUAUAAUUCAGUGAAUAUUGCACUAAAGUAAGGUAAAGGUAAAGGUACCCCUGCCCGUACGGGCCAGUCGUGUCCGACUCUAGGGUUGUGCGCCCAUCUCACUUAAGAGGCCGGGGGCCAGCGCUGUCCGGAGACACUUCCGGGUCACGUGGCCAGCGUGACGAAGCUGCUCUGGCGAGCCAGCACCAGCGCAGCACACGGAAACGCUGUUUACCUUCCUGCUAUAAAGCGGUACCUAUUUAUCUACUUGCACUUAGGGGUGCUUUCGAACUGCUAGGUGGGCAGGAGCUGGGACCGAAAGAUGGGAGCUCACCCUGCUGCGGGGAUUCAAACCGCUGACCAUGCGAUCGGCAAGCCCUAGGCACUGAGGUUUUACCUACAGCACCACCCGCGUCCCGCCACCCAUGUCCCGCGUCCCGCACUAAAGUACACCUUACCAAAUUGCUCUUUUUUGCUUGAAAAUAGUCUGGAUAUUUUUGCCCCCUCUCCUUUAGGUAGUAGUCUUUGGGGCAAACUCAGAAUAUGGGGAACUGACUCAUUACUGUUCAUCCUUUCCUGCCUCUGUAUUAGUCUCUCUUGGUUGCUUUUUUUUAUGACCACAAUAAGUACCCAAGACACAUCCUUCCAGGUCAGGCCAUCUAGUCCAGCAUCCUGUUCUCACAGUGGCCAACCAGAUACCUAUGGGAAGUCUGUAAGCAGGACCUGAGUGCAGCAGCACUCUCCACACUUGUGCUCCUGAGCAAAUGGUUUUCAGAGGCCACGUCGCCUGCACUUCUCAGUAACACUGUGCAGAUGUUCUGAAUUGGUAUAGUGGAUACAUUGUGGGUAAUGGUCAUGUUGACCCUAUCCUCUCUUUGGGCCCAACUUGCAUUUCUUGAGACCUUGUGCAUAUGCAACGUUAGAAUACAUAGAAGUUGGGUACUCUUACGGGGUGGAGACAAUAGCAAUGAUAGCCCGGUGUGAAUAUAAUAUAUACACUUGCACUGCCAGUCAAAAGUGGCAGUAAUGUUACAGUAAUCAAGUGAUGUUGCAAUCAUGGCAACAGAACAAGGUUGGGGUGGGAGGCAAGUCCCCAGAAUUCCAGCCAUCAUGAGUUUGAUCCCCGUAGCCAGGAAGAGAUGUAAUGCUUCUGUGGCAAUGGAAUCAAUAUGGGGCUUUGCCCAAAGAAUAUCUCAGGUCCCUGGGCCUACCUUGACACUCCCCCAGUGUGAACGUAUUUCAGACUUUUCACUGAUCAACAACAUGAAGCUGCUGCAGCAAGGGGGGCGGCGGUCUUGUAAUCAGUUGAAAAUUAAUAACUGUGAAGGAAGCCCUCAUUCUCAGGUGAAUUUACCAUUUUCCAUCAACUACAGUGGUGCCUCGCAAGACGAAAUUAAUUCGUUCCGCGAGUUUUUUCGUCUAGCGAAUUUUUCGUCUUGCGAAGCACGAAAUCCCAUAGGAAUGCAUUGAAAUCCAAUUAAUGCGUUCCUAUGGUCCAAAAAAGUCCAAACAAAGCCAAAUUUGGUACAACAAGAGUUUAUUAAGUGCUCUUUAAAGUCACACAUACUGUAAAGAGCAUUUCAAAAAUUGAAGGAACAAUAAAUUAAGUUUCUAAACAUGACAGAAAAACAUUUAAAAAUCAACAAAGUGUACAGUACAUUUUCUAAGACUCUGGGGGACAACUCGAAGAAGGUUCCUCUUCCACUCUUUGCUUCUUGCUGAAGAACCCCCUCCUCAACUGUUCCCCCAGCCACCCACCACACAGAAAUUCAAAUCCAGAAUUUUUUUAAAAAAACAGCAGAAUGGCCCAAUGGUCACAGAAAAUCAUAAAAAUGUAGAAAAAAACUACACAAGCUUCCAGAUUCUUGCAAACCCCUCCUCAACUGUUCCCCCAGCCACCCACCACACAGAAAUUCAAAUCCAGAAUUUUUUUAAAAAAACAGCAGAGUGGCCCAAUGGUCACAGAAAAUCAUAAAAAUGCAGAAAAAAACACACAAGCUUCCAGAUUCUUGCAAACCCCUCCCCAACACCAAGUCCUUGAAUUCCAAACACCCCAACCCAAAAUCCAAAAACCCCCAAAAAAGUUUUAAAAGUUUAAAAGAAGUUUUGGAAAAGCUUCAAAAAUCACCAGAGUCUUCAAAAACCUCAAAAAAAGGCUACCACAUCGCGUUCUAUGAGUUGCUCCUCGAAGUCAAGUCGCAACUGUAUUAACGGUGUUAAGAAAAAGGAAGCAAACUUGCAAGACGUUUUCGUUUUUCGUCUUGCGAAGCAAGCCCAUAGGGAAAUUCGUCUUGCGAAGCAGCUCAAAAAACGGAAAACCCUUUCGUCUAGUGAGUUUUCCGUCUUGCGAGGCAUUCGUCUUGCGGGGCACCACUGUAUAGUCAGUGGAAUGAUCUGCAAAAGAAACCCAGGAAUAUUGAUUGAGAAGUAUGCAUGAAAUGAGUUUUAUUAGUUGCAUCUGUUUAUCUACUGCACUAUUGUAUCCAUACAUAAGCAGAAAUCUCCUAGAUUUUAGGAGCAAUCAUGCAAAAUUUGGUUACAAUAUCUAAAGUGGUGUCCAAAUACAUAGUGAACAAACAUACAACUUUCCAAAAUAUGUAGUAGAUUUGCUGAAAAAUCCUUAACUGAGGGACUUGGGCUUCCUCCUACUUCUCCAUAUACACUACAGCAGAAAGGUAGUCCCACUGAAAUAGUAAAAUGAUGGAUUGUUGGCUUGGGAUCCUAACUAGCUUUCAAAAUUCUAAUCUUUGACUGAUUUCUGCUUUUUAUGUGCAUGAGUUUGUGAAUGUUGCAUGGUUUAUUUCAUAGUUUCUAUUUUCACAUUUUUUAUUUGUGCUAAACCUCUUGCAGUGUUAACUGGGAACAGUGAGGUGUAAAAAAACAAUUAAUGUCUGAUUUGUUUACAUCCUUGAAAAAUACCAUCUUUUAAAACACAGUCUCCUUUCAAAGAAGGGGAAACCACCAUCUAGCUCACCCGAGACAUUUAAGAUUUGAAUGUCAUGUUAGAAGCAUCCUAAUCAGACAAUUCCUCCAGCAAGUUCAGUAUUACACUGAUGGUUAGUAACUUUUCAGUGCUUCAGGCAGUAUCCAAGCAUGUACUUGACCACAGACCUCUUCAUUUACUUAUUUUUAUUUCAUAACAUUGGUUGUAGUAAAAGCUCAAAGCACUUUACAGCAGGAAUAAAACAAUAAGAUUAUUGGUUAAAAACCACUAAUAUUAAAAACAUUAAAGAAAUUAAAAUCAACCAUGACCUAAUGCCAGAUUAAACACGAUGCAUUCUGUCAUGUUUAUGCUUGCUUAAAUGAAAUGUUUAAACAGUCACUGAGAAGAGUAUAGUGAAGGUGCCUGCUUGAUAUCAAUAGGCAGGGAAAUCCAGAGUGUGAGGGGCUGCCAUACUAGGGAUAUAAAAAAGCAUUAAUUUCCAUUCUGACCUUUGCUCAUCACUCACAGCACUGCCCCAUCAGCCCUUGCCUGCCUGCCUGCCUUCUUACAACCAUUCAGGAGUUGGUUCUGCCGGCCAUUGACUCUGGCUCCACCUAUUGUUGCCCCCUCCCCCGCUUUACACCCAACUAGUCACAUUGGGUACCAACCAUCACUGAGGGAGGGGCUUGGGGAAGGGUGGUAGCUCAGCAGAGGGUCCUGGGUUCAAGCCCUGGCAUCUUCAAGUAGAUCUGUGAGAGACCCCUGCCUGAACUGCUGGAGAGCUGCUACCAGUCAUUGCCAAUGCUGAGUUAGAUGGUAUGGUUUAGUAAAAUGCAGCUUCCUGGGCCCUGUUUCCUUAUGACUUCUGAAGUUGUGAGGAGGAGUGAACCCGGGGGGGGGGGGAUGUUUGUGGGGGCAGUUUGGGCCACACAUUCUUACAAGUAUGAGGUGGUGUGAUGACUUUUCUUUCUGCUUUUAAAACAAUUAAAAGGGAAUUUGUGUUCCAGACAGCUGGAAAACUCUGCUCCUCCCACACUACAACAGACAGGUAAGCAUUUUCAGCUGAGAUCUGCCCAUUUAAUAAUCAGCUGUUGCUGCAACCUCUGUGCUCUCCCUGACUUUGAAGUCAGAGAAACUUCAGAGCUAUGGGAUUUGCUGAGAGUAGGGAAAUAAUGCUUCUCAAGGCCAGUGGUCCCUGCCAGCCAAACUCAAUCCUAUUAUUUCUCUUCACCUCUCCUUGAAAAUCAAUAGCCAUUUAAGCAUAUGGUUGAGAUGGUCCUGUGGUUAGGCAAAGCACUUAGUCAACUUCAGGCUUUGAAUUUCAAGUAUUUUUUACUAUUAUUAAAGGCUUUAGAUAAGUGAAGAGAAGGAAAUAGUAAGAUACACUGAAGAUAAAGAAAAACAAUAUUAUCUAGCAAGCUUUUAUGCUUGAUCCUAACAUUCAUUUCAGUAACUUACAACUGAAGUGAAACUCCUCAGGCCAUAGAGGAUAAAGAUAAAGCACACUCAAAGUCACCACAUAAAAUAUUAUUUGAGGGAGGAUGUCCCGUCAGAAGGCAGCAAAAUGGCAUAUGGGAUGUCUUCCCUUGGAGGAAAUUGGUGUUUUGCUCUUUCCGUUUGAGGAUGGGAGAAGAGGAAGUGUAAAUUGAAAUGAUCCCCAUCUUGGGCUACUGUCAAAUGAGAAGCAAACACUUAUUUGUAUAUUGAAGAGGAUGCUAGACAAUUUUGGCCCCAGAGCUUUGUCUUGUGCAUUUGCCCCCUAUGUACCCUUUACCAAUUUUUUUUAAGGAAUGAAAAAGGCCCCUAUCUUUCAUCACUGUAAAUUCCCCACCCUAAAAGCCAAGUGACUUUCCUUCCCAUCGCCAUUUGAGAUGCCACCGAAUUCACCACCGCUGUUGGAAAGAAAAGUGUCACCCACAUGGGGGGAGCAUUUGUGCCGUCCUACCUCCACUUUCUUGGGUCAUUUGUGUUGCUAGCAACUCUUCCUGUUUCUCCCCGCCCCCUAAAUGAUAGCAAACCUAACCUCAAGUCCGUCUACUGUUCUUCUCUCUUUCCCCUGACCAUGGCUAAACAAGAAGUGGUAGUAAUUGCAUUCAUGCAAUUAAUCUGCACAUCUUUGGUUAUGUAAACAGCAGAUGUGGGGAGACCUCAGCAGUCUCAGAGAUCUGGAGCAUGAGCAGAGAGAGUUUAAUGCUUCCUCUUCCUACUACAGUCCUGGCAAAAAUCCCUUCUUUUAAGUUGUUUACAUUUCAUGGGAAAGCUCAUUUUUUUCUUAUCAUUCCUAUUAUGAUUACAACUUGCUAGCCACUUGUUCUGCAAAAAGGCCUCCAGGCAACUUACAACAUAUUUCAGAGCAUAAGUAAAAAUACAUUAUAAUAAAAACACAUUUAUGAAAAAGCGUGCAAUUCAUUAAAAAAUACACAAAGCAACCCCCUGCAGAAAGCUUCAGCAGCACAACUAACAGCAAUCAAUAUCUUUGCAGUCUCUCAAAAGCCUUGGGGAAAAGGUAAGUUUUUACCUGACACUGAAAAUAUGUCAAAGAAGGCUCCAGGGAGACCUCAGUGGGGAGGAUGUUUCACAAACAGGGAGUCACAACUGAACAUGGAAACUUCCCUUGAAAUGCAAAGAGCAGCUUCUGGGAGGGGCCCUUUGCCAGGACUGUGACAGGGAGAAAAGGGUUGGAAGUUGCUCCAGCUUCCCCACAGCUGCUAUAUACAUAACAAAAUAUGCACCUUAAUUGUGUUCAGCAGUUAAUGGUCCGUCUCGUUUGGCUUUUUGCCUCUAAGUACAUGUAACAUUUGCUUCUAGUUAUAUUAUUUCUUUACACAAACAUUAAGCCUGUGAAAUUAUAUCUGUUCUUACUGCAUUCAGAAAGGCAACCUGCGCACUUUUUAAUAGCUACAGUUUAGAUUUUUGUUGCAAGACACUUUAAGCUUUGGAGAAGGAUAAACAUAUUUAAAUGAGAUUAAAUAAUCUGUGUAAUUGAGUUUCAUAGAAAGAUAGGACAAGAUGGAAGCUGGGCCAAAUACAGACCCAGUGUGAAAUUCUACUACAUUCAGGUAAAAGCAGUUAGGCACUCAUCUACUUGGAUGCUGACAAUCUCCCCCCCCCCCCCCGAUCUCGUUGUGCAUUGAUUAACAAAGAGUCUUGUACAGGUAGCUUGCUUUCCUUGACGUUAGAAGCUUGUAUGUCACUCAAUCCAAGCUGCCUUGUUUACUGACAUUGUAUCUGUUUCUUAUGGGAUGAUGUUUUCUGCCAUUUACUUUUCUCAUUCCUUCAUACGUCAACUCGAUUGGCGGAGCUAGAGCAAUUCACCAGACAGGGUCUGUGUUACAUUUUGUAUUCUCUUUCAAUCUUUCCUUGCUGGAAGGAGCCUUGUAGAAUCAAAAGCAAGGGAAGGGAAAGAAAACAGCAUUCAUGUACUGCUGCCUUUUGGUAGUUGAAAAGAACAUUUGCCACUUUUAGCUUCCUUUCUCUCUUUCCUCCUAAACUUAAAAGAAAAAAUCUAUCAAGUGGCAUCAUCACAAAGCACCUCAAGGAAGAAAAGCAAUAAUAGGGGUCAACUACAGUAAUAAAUUUCAUAAACACCAGAAAUCACACAGAAGCUAUUAACAUGAUGAUGCCAAUCUGAAAACCUGUAAACGAAUGAUAAAUUUUAAUACUCUAUUGCUUGCAGUUUUAUAAUCACAGCAGACAUUGUGAUUCCUCUGGGAUAAUGUUAUUUUUCUUGUGGGAACUGGUGGUAACAAGGAGAAGGCCAUCAAAAUACAGGGAGAAGCACAUUUGUAGAAAGAACUAAAUAUAUGCAUGUACAAAUUGUGAUUGGCAUGAUCCCAUGAGAAUCUAUGUGAUUAGGGAGUCAGGACUUGUGUAGAUUCAUAAUCCAACUAAUUAGAAAUAGGCUAACCAUUGAAAAACAUUCAAAAUAGAGGGCAGUAACAACACUGGAAGUCUGGAGGCUAAGGCUGUGCAGUGUGAAUUAGAAACCCACCAUUUGGAUAAGUUAAAUAGAUGGAUAGAAUGGAAUGGUGGGCAUGCCCCAGAGACAAUGGAAAAGAGAUCUAUAAUAAAGACAUUCCAUUCUGUACUUCAAAUUCAGGAGCAGAUGUCUGACUUCUUGGAGUGUGGUGUACAGUGACAACAAGACUAUAUUCCCAUUGGUUGUAGGGGGAGGAAGGGAUGUAAACCUUUGCUUCCAUGAACUUCCUAAAGUUAAUUUAUCUUGGGACCCAAGAUUUGGAAUGAUUCUUACUUCUUCCAGCAGUCCAUUGCACCCAAUUCACAUUGUUCAGCCCCCCCCUCCCCGGUUUCACAAUAUUCCUGACAAUCACUCUUGUUGUUCUUAACUAUCUUUCUGGUUCUUGAGCUGAUACAUAAGGAGCUUUUACAACAUCCCUAGGUAGCUGGUGACAGUAUCCAGUGGCUGGAGAAACUCCUCUAACCUUUCUCUUAGGAGCUGGUAUAACUGCCUUUGGCAAAUAGCACCACCUGAAAAAUGCAUACAGUGUCAGGCCAACGUAUGGUCAAACUAAGCCUAAAACAGUUGAAAGGAUAUGGUUUUCCUUUAAUCUUGUUUAAAUAAUUCAAACUCAGGUUGGUUGUUCAAAAGCUGUUGGGCACAAAUCCUGGUGACUUUUGACUGCUAGUGUCACACCCCAUAUUCCUACCCCCUCCCAUUCUCUGGAGAAGCAGCAGCAGCAGCAUUCAAAUAGCUGAAUAUGCUUGAUUGUUUUGGGCUGCCAGCACAAGGCCAGUGAAAAUCUGCCGUGGCCCCACCUGCUUGACCUGCUGCCCUCACUAAGCCUCAACCGGCUGUGCAAUUCAGCUUUUCAUUUACCAUGCUCUAUUAUCCCAUACUGAAAAUAAAGUUGUGCAUAACAUUUACAAACAGAUAAUGCAUCACAUGAUCUUUGAUGCCUGUUUGGCAUUGCUGUAUGCUAAGGCUAUCUUCUUGGCAGACAUCUGUUUUGUCCUAUCACCACUUGAGUUGCAGGGGGUUGGACUAGAUGACCUUUUGGGUCCUUUCCCUUCCAUCUCUACAAGUCUAUGAUUCUGUUUAACAUUGAGGGCUUUCAGACACUAGGCUUUCUGGAAAGAGGUUUCUACUGCAAUCAGCAGAAUCAAGUGGGAAAGCAUGGCCAAACUAUUUCAGGUUUCAGGAAGGGAUUGCAGGUGCGUAUUUCUAGGGAGGAAGGAGGAAUUCAGAUUUGUUUGCAUUUUAAUCAGAAAUGACCAAAUUUACGCUUCUCAAAACAAUACAUGAACCAAAAUUGUCAUCCUUUGGAAUUCACACUUAUCCAAAUUUUGCAGUGCCGUUAUCCAGUUAAUGUGCACAAUAAUGUAUGUAUCAGGGGAAAAUGUGGAUUAAAAUACAUAUAGAAGUAAAAACAAAAUGCAUUACAUUAGUGGAAGUUGCUUGCAAAUAUAUGUAUAUUAGUCAAAACUUCAUACAAAAAUGUGUUUAUUAGGAUAAAUUCUUGCCAAAACACUUUCAACACAUGAAGUGUAUGUUUUUAGGACCCACUUAUAGUUGUAAGUGGGUUUUUAAAAAAAUAAUAAUGAUGAUGAUGAUGUUAAUAAUGUUAUAAACGGCUCUAAAACCUUAGGGCGAAGGGCAGACAAUAAAUAAAUGAUAAAUUUUCUGGAGGAUUCCCCCCCCCCCCCAUGGGUAAGAACGUGAGGACGAAAUUUGAGAUUGCAAAAAUGAAAAGAACUAAGACAAUGAAAUAGAUCAGUGUCUCCACCCCUGUUAUGUAUGCCACCUAGAAGAUGUAAUGAACGUGUUCUAGAUUUCUCCAGAGGGAAGGUCUAGAACAAAUGGGUAGAAAUAACAGGGAAGUGGAGUUCAGCUAAAUGUUCAGAAAAACUUUGUAAUGGCAAGAGCUGUUCAACUAGGGGACAGAAACUGCCUCAUGGGGUAAUGUGCCCUUAAAUUACUCAAGAUAUUUAAGCAGAUUGUGGACAACAGUCUUAUCAGGGAUGCUUAGUUGCAAGAUUCUUGCACAUAAAAAACUAGUAUCUCAAAGUGAAGUCCAGACUAAAGUUUUUUCUGACUUCUAAUUUUGUGUAUGGAUUUGUUUUUAGGGAGCAACACACACACACACACACACACACACACACACGUAGCACAGUCCAGAAAAACAACAGCAACAACAAAUUUGCUAACUAUUCUGCUGAUUGUAUAAGUGGUCAUAUGUGUAAAAGAGAGAAAGGGGAUCAAACAUACAUUCGCAAACAGCAAAUUUAAGAACGCAUUUGUGAAAAAUUUGAAUUAGCAUUUGGUUUUCCUGAUUAAUCACAUGCUAAUUUCAAGUCAUUGUAGUACUGCAUAUGUGAAAUAGAGGCACUGGAUCCAACUCAAGCUUUUUAAAAAGUUUAAAUGGACUAAGCAUAUAUGUUUGUGGAUUGGUGACAAGCAUUAGACCAAGGAAUCUUGAUAGUUGGUUGACCAAGGCCAACUAGUGGAGCCAGGUUCACAGCUAAAGCCAGCCAGCCAGCCUCAGCACUGGGCCCCUUCCAAUAAACAGUAACAAGGCUCUGAGUGUUUCAUCUCUCUUUCUUGGAGAUGAUAGAUAGAGAUGUAAUCACACUUGCUAGGGCAGAGAUAAUCAAAAAGCACUACAGCCAACAUAGAGUUUAUUUUGUUACAGCUGCUAUGGUGGAUGGUGUGCUUAUGAGCCAUCUUGAGUGUUUGAUCCUGUGAAUUAAAAAAAGGAUAAACCCCCAUGAGCACACAGUAAAAACUGAUAAGUCUAUAUAAAAAAGAAGCUUUUCCACAGCAGAAGUUGGGCAUCUAGGGGUUGCAACACAUGAAAGGAAGAAAUGAAAGUAAUCCAUUUAGUGUCUGUGACAACAGCUUUAGCCAAAAGGCCAAUAUACCAUUUUAAAGGGGGUUUUUUAGUGGUAAAAGAACAGUUAGAAAAUCAAAGACCAAAUUAAUUCCUCCUUUGCUGUUGCACAGUCUAUGAUUCUGAGUUGAUUAUAUCUAUUAAAAAAAAAAGAUAUCAAUAAAGCCUGGGAAAUCAGAAGCCAGUGACAAGCAUACUUUUCAAAGAACUAGAGAAAUUAUCCCAUCUUUUAAUAUUUUUGUCAUGUUCCAGGUAGAGUAAGCAUCUACAACUGGAUGGAGGGCAAUCUUGCACAGGGGCAACUGGAGGCAAGCAGCAGGAUGCUGGGAUCAAGGAUUAGGGAGUGAGCCCUUGUCACUAACGAGAGCAGUUUCCUAGACAGCUCAUCUAUACCAGUGUUCUUCACCCUUGGCUCCCUAAUCCCAUUGAGUAAGCCAUCUGGGAACGAUGGGUGUUGCAGUUCAGCAACAUCUGGUUAUCCAAAGUUGAAGAACACUGAUACAGACCAUUCAGUACCUGGGAGAGCUCCCAUGAAUAGCAGCCAAUGCUCUAGCAGAGCUCAACUGAACUGUCAAGUUGAGCAAGCCCACUGAUGUCCCAAACUCUACCCCUCAAAUGUGAGCUAGCAGGGUUUUCCAAGAGGGGAAAGCUCUGGUUUGUAACCAUGCACACCCUAAUGAUACAACUUUGGGCUUCUCACCUGGUCUGCUGUAUACAUCCUGUGGUUCAGUUGUGCAAGAAGACAGUCAAUUUGUACUUAUUCAUUACUUAGUAUGAACAUGAAGUUUGCAUCUGGGCGGACCAUUAUAAUGUAUAGAGGUGUUAUCUGAUCCAACUUUGGUUAUAGGCAACGCAGGCAUUUCUAUACUGUAAUGAUUUUCUGUGCUGUAUUAGUCAACGCAAACCUUGCCAGACAGCCACUUUAUAUAGCAUUAAAAUGGUGACAUAGUGUGAGGAAGCUAGCUACCUUUUAGGCCUGCUAUAAUUGAUAAGAUGGUCUUGCCUCUCAUCACUCAAGAGCAUGCCUUUGAAGAUAUUCACUGGCCAUGCUGCCACUCACUGCUAGACUCUGCUAUACAUUUCUGCAUUAAGGAUAAGGCUGGAUAGUUAAAAGGCAAAGUGACACCAUUUCCUAGUCUGUUUUUGUUUUCUUUUUCUUACAAUGCAAUGCAUUGAAAAGUUCUAUGGUACUGCAUUUCUCUGCUGCCACUCAGAUGGCUAGAGCGGGCACUGAACCUACCAACCAAACAUGAUUAGGCGACUUAAUGAGUCAGUGGGUCUCCAUCUGCCCCUAUAAAGCUGGUGACUUUGGUUUUACUCUCCAGUCUGAGAAAGUGACUAUUGAGACAUAGACUGAACUUCCCCCAGGCUGCCUUGUCCCCUUUCAGACCACCAGACGUUGAAUCUUGAAAACCACAGGUAGCCCAUCACAGGAAGGUGCCACCGCUGCUUCCCACUCUGUUGAAGCCUCACUUACCAGGGUCAUGCAGCGGCUUUUGGUGAGAUCUCAAGUGAGUUCCACAAGAUCUUACGAAAUCUUGCUGGAAGCCACCGCCAAUUUUCCUUGCUUCUCUAGAGGCAGGCGGGGCACCCAGGGGGGUGCUUUCCCACAGGAUUUUGUUUCCUGAGGUGGCUGACUCCGUCUGUUUCAUGGGCAGGCUGACCCUGUUGAUAACUAUCAAGGUUAUCCAUUUGUGGUUGCUAACUUUUCCAUGUUUGAUUAAAAUGUUGAAAAUGCAAUGCAUACAUUAACCUGACCUGACAUUAAAUCUUAAAAGAAGUUCUUUGAUGAUGCAUUUGCUUGACACUACGUUCGUUACUAUUUUUGUAAACCUUUUAUUCUGCAAGGAAAACACAUCUAGAUGUUGAUUACAGUCCUGAUCUCCCUCUCCCCCCCCCUCUCUCUCUCACACACACACACCGCUUUGUAUUGCAUAUGAAAAGCACAUCAUCAUCUUAACAAAUUUAUAACACGUGGUUAACUAUAGGGUAUUUUCUUGGUGAGUACAAGUCUGCCCAAUAUAUUUUAUGCAGUCAUUCAUGAAAUUUUGUGUGCGUGUUUGUGUGUGUGGUGGCUCAUAAAUAUUUCAUAUUCUGCUAGCAAGGCUAUAAAUAAAAGACACUAAACAAUUUUCUUUUGAUUAACAAAAAAACAACCAUUUAGUGGCAGUAAUAAGUGGUGUUUGUGGCCUGUGUUGCUGAAUAAAAUUGCGUUACAGUGAUUGGUUACCGCAGCAUGUACAAUUAUUAUUUUAAUUAAUUAUCUCAUAAUUUUAAAAGUUUUCACAAAGAAACUAGGUUUCUGAAGCUCAAAGAUGCUUCGCUGAAGAAUAUUUUUGAACUUCAGAGCAACAUUUUUUAAUUUCUGCAAUGAUCGCACACUGGAGAGGUGUUGGGUUCCCCUGGAGACUCAGGCCUCUUCCUUUGAGGGGGUUGGACACAAAGGUCUCCCUGAGAGGAAAAUGAAAACUAAAUUGGAAGUCAAAUAUACAGUGAUACCUCUGGUUGCGCACGGGAUCCGUUCUGGAGCUCCGGUCAGAUCCUGAGGAAUUCGCAACCAGAGGUGCCCGUUCUGCGCAUGCACACAGCACGGUAGAGUGUUUCUGUGUAUGCGCACUGCGCAUAGAGUGCUUCUGCGCAUGCACACGGCGCGUAGAGCGCUUCUGCGCAUCCACAUGCGGCGAAACCCAGAAAAAUACUUCCUGGUUUGCCGUGUGUGUAACCUGAAGGAUACGCAACCAGAGGUGUGCGUAUCUGGAGGUACCACUGUAUAACAUUUCAGCAAUACCCCUGCACUUUUUUUAAAGGUAUACAUGAUUGUCUCGUUUAAAUAUCUACCAUGGCUUAACACUGACUGUAAUCUGUGGGAUAAUAAGCCUCAUAUAACUAAUAUGCUUAAGUCUAAUUAAUGCAUUAAAGUGUUAAGACCAUAGAGUAAGCUAUCCUGCCAGGUUUAGCUUACCUUUGGAGGAGGACAGCAUUUGUUUCCUCAGUCUGCCUGAGAAGCCCAACGAGUGAAGAGGUUUGAGCUGGUUGUUCCAGCUCAUGCUGUAUGACUCUCACAAGCCACUCUUGUGUUCCUGUGCCAGCAAUUUAGGAACUUUCACCACUUUGCUUCUAAGCCAAGUUUUACUGGCUUGCAACUAUCUAAAGCACGUGAAUCUGAUCUUUGAAGUUUGUAAAUAAACUAUUUUUAACUUACCAAACGUGGUCUUUUUCCAUGCUAGAGGAAGAGGGAAACUUAAGAGGAAACUUGGAACGACCUAUUUCCACACUAUUCUUUGCUCCAUGUUUUGUGAUUUUAAAUCCCUGUUUGGGGUUCUCCCACCAAAGAGUACUUGCCCCAAAGUUAGAGCUUGGCUUCCAGGAAUUCUUCUUUCCACCCUUCCAUCAGCAUAAGCCCCUUAUACCUUAAUUGAGCAGCUGCAAUGUCAGGGAAUGUUUAAAAACAUUCUAACAGCAAAAAAGCUGUGGGGGUGGCAUGCUGUUAGCAGAAGGAAGGAUGGCAGAGGCUGGUACCCUUCAGAGGCAGAAAGGCUGAGCUAGAAAGAUAAAUGGAUAAUCUGGACCCAAGAGGCAGGGGAGCUGAAGAAUGAGGUAUAGGAUAGGAUUCAGAACUGCUGAAGCAAGGGAGCAAAAAGCAGUGGGUUUAGAAGCAGAGAGAUGAUGCAGGGAUGAGUAGAGGGAGAGAAGUACUCCACGCCCAGGGAGGAACAGAAGAAACUUGAGGCUGGGAGGAAUGGCAGGCAGGGGAACUUAGGAGAGAUGUGGCCCGCUGUUAGGGAGCUAGCAACACAAGGUGACAAAAACAUCAUUGGUGGACAGAGUUACGGUUGGCUACUGAGUUGAAGCAAUCAGCUGAAAGUUUGACUAGCUCCCUGUGCUAUUGAAAUAUAACAGAAAAUGGAUGUGUAACAUUAGAACUGAUCCAAGCUGUAGGGUCUAGUUCAUGAAGAUUUCAUGAAAAACUUCAUUAGCAUCAAAUGGGUGCUGUUAUUUUUCAGAGCUUCUUUGAAAGGGAUACACAACAAUUCACUGAAAACUUCUUGCAACGACUGUCAGAAGUACUGCUUGCAGACUAAAUUGCAUGGUUUGCCUUUUCAUUUCAUUACAGUAACAUAGCCAAAUCCAUGUAGCUCCAUCAAAUUCAGCAUAUGAUCUUUGACCCCCUGACUUGCUGUGAUUACUUAAGGAAGUAUAAAAAAGUGAGGGUUGGUUUGGUUCCAGGGCUUCAUGAGCAGUUUUCAUGGGGCAGUGUGCUUGCAGAUCCCAGUUCCUCUUUCUCUAUGGGUUCCCUUGAUUUGCUGCAGAAGGAGAAAAUAGCAAAACUUGCUUCCUUUCAUUUCCAUUCAUACACGCCUUCCCCCUCCACUUUCAUGAAGAGAUAACUCCUUCAGUGAGUAUAAGGAAACCUUUCAAUAGAAGCCAUUUGCACCAAAUCAGCAGCAAUGAUAUGUGGUGGUGUGGUGUGUGUGUACCACUGAUGAAUAGUUACAAAAGGCAAUGAAAACUAUAGGAUUAGUAUGGGGAGGAGGCUCAUUGAAAUAACAAUUUUGAGGCAAAAAUAGAACUGGGAAAACAUUUGACUCACCAUUAUAUAAAAUUCAUCUCUAAGAGCUUUCUUCUGUCAGAAACUUUUCUUCCAUAAAUGUAUAUUCCUGUUGUUGAGAUAGGUGCAUGAAUUAGCCUAACUUAAUUUCAGAAGGUGAUGGCAGCACAAUUGUGCUGCCAGAAGCCAAAAUGGGGGUUACAUAUUUAAUAUAUUUAGAAAUAGAUUUUCUUGUCAAAAGUUUUGUGUGAGGCUGAUCUCAAGCUGUGCUCUGUAGGUAACCUGGAUUUAAUAGGUGAGCAAAGAAAUAGUGCACUAAUAACUUUUGACUUUGCCUAAGGUGGUUAAUUAACAGUACAAAGCUAUGCCUAUGAUUAGGAAGAUAUUACUGUAUCAUUAUUAAUGUCACAUUAUGAAGGGUGUAUUAGUAGUUAAUUUGAUUAAUAGACUAUGUAUCUUUAGACUCGUUUAUAUUAAGUAUUAUCAAUAUGCUUAAUAAAACCCAGAAAAUGAAUAUCAUUUAAGUGAGCUUUUUAACCAAGCGGUUUAAUUUUUGUAAAUCAUAUUAUUUCAAUAUUGUCUUUUAUUGGGUUGGUGUUGUAUCUUGACAAUUGCCUAGUUGUCACAACUGAGUUACCAUCUUCUUCCAGAAAUAAAGGUAAAGGUAAAGGGACCCCUGACCAUUAGGUCCAGUUGUGACCGACUCUGGGGUUGCGACGCUCAUCUCGCUUUAUUGGCUGAGGGAGCCGGCGUACAGCUUCUGGGUCAUGUGGCCAGCAUGACUAAGCCGCUUCUAGCGAGCCAGAGCAGCACAUGGAAACGCUGUUUACCUUCCCGCCAGAGCGGUACCUAUUUAUCUACUUGCACUUUGAUGUGCUUUCGAACUGCUAGGUUGGCAGGAGCAGGGACCAAGCAAUGGGAGCUCAUCCUGUCGCGGGGAUUCGAACCACUGACCUUCUGAUCGGCAAAUCCUAGGCUCUGUGGUUUAACCCACUGUGCCACCUGCCUCCCUCUUCCAGAAAUGGUGGCUUUAUUAAAUAUAUGAUUUCAGAACUGUUUAUGAAGAAUGCAUUGGCCUGGCCAUCUUCAAAAUACAGAAGUUAGUACUGUGUACUAAGUCAGACCAUCUAGUUUAGUGUUGUCCACACUAACUGGGAGUAGACCUGGAAAUGGCAUGGAUUGAAAUUGGGGCCUUCUGCGUAUAAAGGAGAUGCUGUACCAUUGAGAUACAGCCCUUUUAAGACAGUGGUACCUUGGGUUACAGGCGCUUCAGGUUAUAGACGCUUCAGGUUACAGACUCUGCUAACCCAGAAAUAGUACCUGUGGUUAAGAACUUUGCUUCAGGAUGAGAACAGAAAUUGCACGCCGGCAGCGCAGCGGCAACAGGCGGCCCCAUUAGCUAAAGUGGUACUAAAGUGGUACCUCAGGUUCAGAACAGUUUCAGGUUAAGAACGGACCUCCAGAAUGAAUUAAAUUCUUAACUCAAGGUACCACUGUAAAGGCAUGAGAACACCAAUGACUAGAAUAUUAGUUUUUCCCACCUUUAGCAUACUUCUGUAAUUUUAAGGAAAUCACAGUGUAAGAGUAGAAAAAGUUGAGGUUUUUUGGGUGGGGGGAGAGCAGUUAGGAUGAGUUCACAUCCCCUUGUUCAGAAUUUGUAUGACUCAGAUUGAGAGCUCAAAUAAUUACAGUGGGAAUAUAUAACUGGAAAAUAUUGUGGUGCAUAUUUUAUGUACUUAUUCACCACUUUUGACAACUUGCCUUUCUUCCAUCAUGGAAUUCAAGGUGGUAUAUAUGAGAUUCCAAGACUGUCUCCCAUCCAGGCACCGACCAGACCCAACCUGCUCAGCUUCAGCGUAAUAGCUGUAUUAUGUGCCCUUAGACCAGUCUUUCCCAUCCUGGUACCUUCCAGAUCUUUUGGACUACACUUCCCAUCGUUCACAGCAAUUGGUCAUGUUGCAUGGAGCUGGAGGGAAUGUUAGUCCAAAACAUCAGGAUGACACCAGUUUGCUUUAGACCAGGUUCCACCAACAUGUGACAUUUAGAGUUUGUCUCCUGGAUCAUCCCCCCCCCACUGUUUUUCUAAUGUAUCUUGAAAGUUGGACCAGUGGAAUUAGUCUGAGCCUUGAAAAGCACAUAGAGCUGAGAGGGAAAGUGGGAUUGUCCCUCUUUCAACUUCUUCAUUCAACUCUUCCAGGUCCAUCUAGCUGAUUGUUAUGUACUCUGAUUGGUGGCAGCUCUCCAGGAUUUCAAACAGGAGUCUCUCCCAGAUCUACCUGGAGAUGCAGAUUGAACCUGGGACCUUCUGCACACAGUGCAGAGGCUAUGCCCCUUUGCGCCCACAAAAAUCGUAUGCACAAAACUGGUUUCCAGAAGUCCUUGUAUGUGCCAGUGAGGGUCUCUCAAGCAUAUCUGGAUCCUUUAAAGUUACAGUGGUGCCUCGCAAGAUGAAAUUAAUCUGUUCCGCGAGUCUCUUCGUCUAGCGGUUUUUUCGUCUUGCGAAGCAACCCUAUUAGAGGCUUAGCGGAUUAGCGGAUUAGUGGUUUAGCGGCUAUUAAAGGCUUAGCGGCUAAAAGGCUAUUAGCGGCUUAGCGGCUUAGAAAAAGGGGGGGGAAGCAAAAAAAAAUCUCAAGACUCGCAAGACAUUUUCGUCUUGCGAAGCAAGCCCAUAGGGAAAUUCGUCCUGCGAAGCGCAUCGAAAAACGGAAAACCCUUUCAUCUAGCGGGUUUUUCGUCUUGCGAGGCAUUCGUCUUGCGGGGCACCACUGUAACUGAAGAACCUUUUUAAAAGAUGUGGGUGUGUUUUGUCAUUAAAUCGACAAACCUCUCCAAUAUGCUAAGUAAUUUGAACUUUUAUUUCAAUAUAAAUUAUAUAAAUGAGACUGUGUGAUCUGUGUGAAGCCACCUAUGAAUGGAUAAACCAACAUGGAGACCAAUGGAAUACUGUUCCUCACCUCCUUGAUUGACAUGUGGGCCAAGUUUGUGCAGUAUUGGGAAUGGAAGACCCAUAAGUGCCUGCCAUAUCCCCAUAGAUCCUUCUGUGUGCCAUUGAUCAGCAUGGCAGUAUAUGACAGGCACUCUUAGGCAUUCCCAGACUUUAGAAUCCAUGGCUAAUUUCUCUGCACUUGGGCCCAUAUGAGGAUUUUGCCAUUGUGUAUCUUGCUGCCCUUCAUGUAAAUUAAUCCUAAAUAUUUUGCUUCAGGGUGGUUCUUUUUUCCCUUUUGUAAUAUGGAGAUAGUAGAUACAAGAAUAAAAGCUAAGCUUUUUUAUUAGAUACACAUCAUAUAAAUGGCAAUGAAACUGAAAUGGUUAUUGCUCAUUUGUUGUCGGAAGAUUAGAUCGUACCAUUCCACUUAACAAACGGUUCUACCUAUAAUUCUAUGGUCUUCACCUAAAUUGAGUUUUUGUAAUAAAAUAGCAUAGCAAUAACAAUUCAGCUAAAAUCAGAAGCACUUCUGUUCAGAGCACUUACAUAUGAUUUGCAUUUUUUAAUGUUAAUGUUCUGUUAAUUUUUGCAAGUGUUGGUUGAGUCUUCCAAAUGAAGCAACACAUUUUCAGUGUUAUUUUCCCUCCCCGACAGAAUAACUUUAGCCUAUUGGUCUGGAGCCUAUACCUCAUUCUAUGAAUGGAAGAGCAUUCAUGUUCAUGCAGUGAGACCUUCUUACCUCCUACUUCAGGCCUCUGGGCCUCUUGAAGGUCUGCUCCUGGUGGUUGGGGAUCCUUCGCUGCAGAUGGAGGAGUUGGUGGAAAUUAGCCCCUUUAUAUGAAUGGAGGAGCAACUUAAGCUCCAAUAACUAUUUGUACUUUAUUCAGGCAAGGAGAGGUAGCCACACACCCACACCCCUGUCAGUAGCUUCCCUGACCUGAAACUGCAUCAUCAUGUAGCAUUUUUCCCAGUUGCAUUCAGACACUUUGAAUGGAAUGGCAGCUUAGCUGUUAAGCAUAGCCAAGCCUCUGUUUGAGACAGCAUUGUAGCUUUUGCUAUUGCUAAAGAAGGAAAGGAAAAAACAACAGUGCUUGACCGCUUUGUUGAAAGUAAGGAUAUCACCUUCCUGAAAGUGCUGCCACUUUCACCCACCAUACGAAAGUUGUCAGUAUUCUCCACGCAACACUUUUACAGGUACAAAUGGCCUAGCAAUGGCAGGAGGAAAUAACAUCCAGGCCUAAGCCAGUCCUGUUCACAAGUACUAUGAGGAAAGGUUUUUUUAAAAAAUCAUACUGUAUUAUGUAGAUUAAGUUAAGCUUGAUAAGUGAUCCAAAAUCCAAUGGGGAAAGCGCCAAUCUUUAGCAACAUGAAAACCCAAUCCUAUGGGACAUCUGUGUCAAGCAUAUGUGAAGUAUUAAACAAAAUAGUGAGAACCUGUGUAGAAAUAUUUAGUGCUGCUAUUGAACAUUACCUAAAGCCACAGUUCAAGGUGAAUCUGGUGGGUCCUGCUCAGGAGUAAUAUCUGAGGAAUUAUGAAAGAAGAAAAAUGACACUAAUGACAUUCCUCGAAGAUAUUCCACACAUUUUUAUUUGGGACCCACAGAAACUCAUAACGACGGCUGUUAGUCAGCUUUUGCUUUGGUGAUCCAUCAGCUUCUCAACAGUGUUGGAUGUCCCUUUGGAAGAUCUGGGCUGGUGAAGGAGUUGUCUGUUCAGGGACCAAUUUGAAGAGCCUGGAUUUGCCAGCAAAUUUUCUUCAAUCAGAGGGAUGAAGUUCCUACCAUGGUGGGGCCAUUGGGGAGAGAAAGAGAAGACUUGACCAUUCUGAAGGAGGCAGAAAGAAUUUGGGUAUGACUAGCAACAUUUCUCUGAGGGGUUCUGUACAUCCCUAGAAAUACUGUACAAUAUAUCGUACAAACUGAAUUCACUAGAAAGUCUGAUAUUUAUUCAAAGAACACAGUAUGAUCACAAAAGUAGUCGUGUUGCAUACAUUUUUAAACACUAAAAAUGUGCAUAUUUAAAAAGCACUUAAAUACACUCAGAGUGUGAAAUUACCUUACAUUUGGCUAGACAGCUCAUAGACGUCUCUCUAAAAUAUUACUGCAACAUGAAUUGGGGCUUUGAGUUUGGAUUUUUUAAAAAAAAAAAUAUGGGUGGUUUUAGACUCCAUAUUUGCCUAUAGCUGCCAUAAUAGAAUCUUGCUUUUGAAGUAAUUUCUUAGGUAUCAAUUACUCUUCAUUGAAACCUUAGGGAACUGCUGUAAUGCCAAGACAGCACAAUUGAGAAAUGUUGUCUUAAUAAGGACAGGCACUGUAGCCAGUAGGGUAAUUGUACUGAAAUGCACUUAAAAAGUGUAAUGCAUGCCACUGGGAGAAAAGCUGAGGAAAUGUUUGGUGAUCAGUGGCAGGAAAGGGCCAACAUUUCACAAAUUAUCCCUAAAUAAGCACAGGGAUAUUACAGUUAUUUAGGAGGAAAAGUGGCUUUUUUCUCAUUUUAAAAAAGACCAUUAAUAAGUCAUACAAUUACUGAAGCAUCACAUACAAACAAAUUUGAUUAAAGACCAGAUUCUGUUAUCUGUAGCAUCACAUGAUAAUGCUUUUCCUGCCCUGCACCAUUUCAAACUGGAAGUUAUGGGGUGGGGUAGUGGGAGGAAUUCACAUGCUUAAAUGUUCCUACCCUGAGAACGAUCUUUAUACAUCGAAAACUAGCAUGCAAGGAGUGAAGGGUUCUGCCAAGCAGGGAAAGACUUUCAUGUCUUUUCACAGGAGAACAUUCAAACAUAAAAGUUGCCAACAAAACUUUGUCAGCUGAAUCCACUGGUUGUAUGAAUGGCCUGAAAUUGAACUGACCUUUUCUUCUUUUGGGCAACGUGCAGUCAGGGAUACAAUGCUUUUGCUACAGGAAAACCUAUACGGGUCUAACUUGUUGAAUUUAAUGGGGCUUACUCCCUGGUAAUGUUUAUGUGAUUGCAGCCCUAUAGUUUCUUUUCAAUCAUGGUAGUAUCAAAAACAUAGAACUAUAUUUCCAUAUUAAUAAACAAAUAUAAAUAAUUUAACAAAAAUAUAUUCUUAGAUAUUUAUCACUGGAUAUAAAUUUCUGUAUCAUAUUUUGGCAUGUGUGUAAAAUCGCAUAGGUAAAGUACACUGGGCAAACUUCUAAAGAGAAACAGAAAUGUUGGUAGCAUUGUCCAUCAAGGCUACCCAGCCAAUAAAUUCCCACCUUUUGCCAGUGAUUUAUAUCUGCUUCUACUUUAUGUACUAAUGGAAGAUAAUUAUUUUUAUACAGCUCCCAUAGUGAAGCUGAUACUGUAAAGACUCUCCUCCCUGGAAGAGAGGGGAGUGGUUGUGGGCGGGAGCCCGAGCACCGCCCCUAGCAGGGGGCGGUUGCCCCCUGCCUCCACCUCACCUGGCUGGCGCCCACGCCCCCUCUGCAGGCAUCCAACCAGGUGCCUCGGAGGGGGGCGUGUUCAGCAGCCUUAUGCUGCGGUGCCAGCCUCUCCCUGGCCUCAUUCUUCGCCGUCGUCUCGUCGUGAGUCACCCACCCUCCACUCCCUUAGAGUUAGGGCUUAGGUCAUUGGCCUUGCUAUGGACCUUAGGUUGGUCGCCCUGGUUGUCCAGGGGGCCUGGUAGGAGUUUUUCCAUUUGGCAUUAGGCUUUUUGGUUUUUUCGCCUACCUCGUAGCAAUCGUCACAACUUUUGUGGUAUUGGUGGGUAGGUUAGGCAUUGGAAUAAUGUGUUGUGGUGUGUCGAAGGGCUAGGUGUGGCCAUCGCCUAUGCCUUCAAUUUUUGGGUAUUCCGUUAAAGGAAUCUGGCGGUCGUGUGUUCUGUCCGAUGCCUGCUUGGCGGGAGGCCAUGGCACGACCCUCGGUGACAUCAGGGGAGCCUAUAGUUGGAUUAGCAUCAACAGGCUCCACCUACUGGUGAAUAAACCCACGUGUUUUAGAGAUCCAAUGCCUAAGCCAAUACCUUUUCACUGCUGUAAUCAAUAAAGUUGUGGCCUUUCCAUGCCCAUUAACCUUAUAUCACGUGUCCUUGUGUAUUCAUUUCACAUCGCGGGGGUCGGGUCCUCGAACCACAACUCCCUGAUAUUUAAAGAGAAAUAUAUUUUUUUUCAAAGGGAUGAUACGAAACCAUUUUCAACUCAAACCCCCUUUUGUUUGGUACAUUCAGCAGCAUAAGUUCUGAUUUUUAGGUAUUGAAUGUGAGGCUUGGCUAUUUUUUCCAAUUAACACACUUAUCCAGCAAUAUUUCUGGACAGCUCAUAAAGUCUGCCGCAUUGUCUGUGUAAGUCAUGCUGCAACGCACCAGUUCUAAUUCCUUAUCUUUCAGCAGUAUUUAUAAUUAGAAAUCAGAUUUUUAUUGUUUGUAACCAAGGCUACAACAACAUAAAUCACAACAGACAAACAAAAGAACCCAAGUGCAACUUAAAGCAUAUAAAUUUUCAGAACUACAAAUUAUCAAAAGUUAAACUUGUAAAGUUCCCAGAAUAAUUUAGAUUGAAAUAUCUCCUUGGCAGGCAACACUUUUUUGGAUCAAAAAUGUUACAGGCUACUUAACUCUAGUCUUUGAACACUGGAUUUCCCUGGCUUUUGAAAUGGAAAUGUAUUUAAAUACUAGACUCUGUCAAGUGUGUGUGUGUGUGUGUUUGUGCAUGUGUGUAGUUGCAAUGUGGGGUAUAUGUCAAUUUGUGUGUGUUGCCUACAACACAGGCCCCCAUAGUUAGGUGAAUCCCGGUUUAGCCACUGCACCACACUGCCAUAUUCUAUACCAAAAGGAAUAAUCAUUUUACACAGCAUCCACUAGGUGACUCCCUUUGCAAACACUGGCACACAAGCAGAAUUAUCACUUCAAGAUCAAACUGCACAUGCACCAUAUUGUUCUGCCAGAAGGUGCUGUCGUAUGCUUUAAUGGGGCAAGAAAGACUGAAUAACUUUGAACUGCUACUCAGAACUUCUCCAAACCGGUGAAAGUAUCCCUUCCUCUACAAGCUUGAAUAAAUUACAUCAAUACGGUCAUACCUCGUGUUACGUUUGCUUCAUGUUGUGGCUUUUCAGAUUACGAACGCGGCAAACCCGGAAGUGUUUACUUCCGGGUUCGCCGCACGCGCAGAAGCGAUCUUCGCGCGUGCACAGAAGCGAUCUGUGCGCUUCACGCAUGUGCAGAAGCGCUCUAUCGCGCUUCACGCAAGUGCAGUAGCGAUGCUCUACUUACAGACUAUUCAGGGUACAAAUGGCACCCCGAAACUGAUCACAUUCAUAAGUAGAGGUACCACUGUAGAUUUCACCAAAAUUGGAAAGAAAUAUAUGAUAUGCCUGUACGGUAUUUACAAGUUGUACUAAAAACUUCAACUUUCAUUGUAACUGUAGCAAUUUAUAUCAGAACAUAUUGAAAUUUGACACAUUUGUAGACCUCAUCAGCUACCUCAUGUGUGUCAGGUUUCUAGUUCUUAGCUAAACAGAUACCCUUUUUUUAAACAAUAUAAGUUUGAGGCUUAUAAUGGUGUGAGCCAAUUUUUUCUUUCUUGCAACUUUCCUUAGCUAAAGAGCCACUUGCAUAGCAAUCUCACCAAGAACAGCAUAUGUAGAAGUAAAACAAUAACUAAAACCCAGACUGGAACUGUAUGCUAUCAAGAUUUCUGAUGUAGGAUUUCUAAACAUCACUUUCCAGUACAGCCAUCUUGCCUGUGAGCACAACAGGAGCCUUGAGGUCAACCCUAGGCAUGGGCAUUCGGCUGGUGAUCUGUGAGCCCAAACCAAGGGGCCCUUGCCUUGGCCCAUCUCACCUUCCUUACCUUGUUCUUUCCACUGUGUACAGUGCUGUGCCACAGAACUCUCCCUUCAGAUACCAUCUCUUUGUGCCAGUUUGACAAAUGCAAUUUACCUCUGUUUUGAAACUGAUUUUGAGUCAGGGACAUUUCAGCUUUUGAUUUGGGGCUGGGUGGGGUGCUCAGCAAGAUUUAAAGGCCUGUGCUUAAAUAAAUUUAAGACUGAACUGCCAAAAUGAACUGUCUAUGAAUACCAUUGCAGUUGAUUUUGUAUACCCAGCAUCUGCAACAAUGAUCACAGAUAAAACACUCAUAAACUUACCUGGAAAUAAGUCCCAAUGAAUACAAUGGUACUUACUUACUUUCAGACAUGCCCAGAAUUGAACUAUUGUUGUUAGCAUCCACCUGUCUCGAGAAGCAAUGGAGUGUGCCGGGGGGGGGCGGAGUCAAACAACUGUGUUAGCCGCACCGAAAUGUCCUCCCUGGGGUACAAGCCUGAGCAGUGUGUAUGAAGGUCCUGGGCUGCCCAGAUGACAAGAUCUCCUCCUUGGCCUCACUGGUGUGGUCCAAAGGAAAACAGAGCAAUACAUUUGGAACCAGCUUGGCUGCCGGAAGGAGGCGUACAAGGUGUCAUCAGGUCUGACAAGCAUGGCCACUCACCUGGGAUGAUGGGAGUUGUAGUUCAACAACUAUAAGAGGGUCAAAUUUCCCUCCCACACCUGUGGUAGAGGCAAUUAAUUGGCCAACAAUACAGGUGCUCUCUUGCCCUUCUUCAGUGCUUCCCGCAAUCUGCUUGUGGUAUGGGUCCCAUCAGACCUACCCAGAUACCAGCCAAUUUCAUUCCCACUUUUGAUGCCCUAUUUCAGUUGCAAUUUCUUUUAGACAUAGUCUCUCUCUUUUUCUCCCUGUCUCAGACGGCUUAAUUUAAAUAAGCACUUAAAAUGCCUCUUAAUAUUUAAAAAGUAGAAUUCACUAGCAUAAGCAAUUUCACUUUUCAGUCAUGCAGUCAACUUACCAUAAUUUGUGCAACUUCAUGACACAUAAUGACUGUUGGUAAUAACUGCACCUAUUCACUCCCCACUUCCCAUGACAAUACUUAAUAACGACGGCACCGAGGGAGACUUAAAAAGACAGACUAAUGAUCAAGAGAUGUUAAAAGUUCACCACGUGCAAAAUGUGUAUGCCUCGUAAGCAAAAAAGAAAAAUCUUUUAAAGGUAAUAGAAGUAAUGAGAGGGAGAGCCUUUCAUGUUUCUCCCGCUAAACAUAACAUUGACAAGGGCAGCUAAAAACCAUCAGUAGGCUCAUGGCUGUAAUCUUACCCCUCACCCACAUCUUCUGCACAUGAUCAGUCACUCUUGUUAUUUCUGCUCCUUUGUAUCAUACAGAGAUGAUCUCUAGUAGGGAUGUUUAUAGAUCCCAAAAUUCGCUUUCUUCUUUUACCUGUGCUUUUAAAAAAAAUCCAAUCUAUUUCUGAGUUGUUCUGUCUGCUUUCAUUUGGGUUCCGAGCUGCUUUAUAUAAAGCAAAGUUUUGUGUUCCCCAUACACCCUUAUAGGGAAUUGAAAAAUAAGAAACCUUUUUUUCCUCUUGUAGCAGAAGCAGAUGAAAUUUGUAAGCAAAGGAGCCUUCCAUAGUGGAUUAAGCAUGCCAAAUUGCAGGGAACUAAAAUACAUUCACUUUCCCCCCAAUCCAUAUUAGGGCAGCAUCUUUAUUAGUCCAAGUAAGCUUCAAAAUUGGCAUUAGUUCCACAUUUUCUAGGGAGACUGGGAUUUUUGUGUCUUACUCUCUAUUACCUUUAAAAAAGAAGAAGUGGCUGUGUUAGGUGUACUCUUGCUUGUACGCUUUUGGGGCCUUAGCAGCUCCAAUAGGCAUCACAAUAAUGAAUAAAUAAAGUGGUGUUGGACACUCCCUAGCUGUAAAUACAAUGUGGAAACAUUGUCUAAAGGCCUAAUCAGAAUGAUCUUGGGGCUCCAGUUCUUCCACAUACACACACUGAUAACUGAAAUACCAGUAUUCUGACAACCAUUGAUGCUGAUGAAGUGAGAACAUGACACAGUCAAGACAUUUCCCCCAUAAUUAUGGAUCCCAGUCAGCAAACACACACUGACACCCAGAUCCCUGCAGUUGGUAUGUUCUGCCUUAACUAGUUUGGGGCCAGAUGAUUGAAUAGAAGGAAAAAAUCCAUUCAAGGGGAAAAUUGGCUUGAGAAUCGAAACCAACAUCAAUACCAGCUCAAUAGAAAAGAAUUGUUCUACUUUGUUUUUCGUUAUAACAAGUUAAUUCCGACAAUGAGUGGGAGGACUAGAGAGAAAUACAUGUUGGUCCUCCGAUAUGAUUGCUAUCUGGCAGAGGGUGGGACUGUCAACUGUGGUCCAUUGAGUUAGUGCUCAAUGUAUUUUAAUGGCAUGCUUGAUUUGAUUUUAAUGUAUAUUAAAAUCUGGAAAUCACAGCCCCCUGCUACAGGGACAUACAAACUCUAUUCACAUGUUACAAUGGAGGGGGGAUAGGACCAUGUGCACUGUUCUAACUCCCAGCUUUCAUGAGUUCUUCUGAUGGUGUGCAUACAUACAGAUAAAGAGCGCACAGUUCUUCCCUGUAUAGUCAAGAAUCCCGGAAAAGAGCAAGGUUGUCAGCCAUGUGAAGAAAAGCAUUUACAGUAUUGGCAUUUAAGUGCCGGCUUUACUUCAGCAAAUGAUCCACCUAAUUUGAUGUAUUAAUAUGAUCUAACAUUGGCAGUAUAGCCAAAUAUUUUAUUUUAUUUGCAAAUGAAGAAAAUAAAACUGUACACAGAGACUCGAUACAGACCUCCAGCUGAACUUGCAGAUGUGGAACAAGGACAUAAAAUGCGAACAGAGGCUGCAGACUUAUGUGUCAUAGAAAAUAUGGCUUCUCUCUCACACACAUUCACCUUUUAGUGUGGAAGUACUAAAAACAAUGUGUGAAAUAGGUUGCUAAUAUGAUGAUUAUUAUAUGAAUGAGUCCUUUAGAGCAUUACAAUUAGCAGUUAACAUCAAUAUUCUACAGAUCUGAUUCAAGGAAAAUGUAGCAGGUGAGAAGAAUGUUAGCAGGAGCCAUUGAAGUAAAAGGCAUUAUAUUGCAAUGCUGCACCAUUGAUUAUAGUGAAAGGAAUGCGUGCACUUAAUAGCAUUCACAUGCAGGAUAUGAACUUAAGUUUACAGUCAAAUUCUGAGAUCACUGUCAAAAUGGAGUUAUUUCCUUUCACAGUAUAGCUUCAUAGCCCUGAUUUCUCCUUUUUGUGGCUUCAAGGAAAUUGGACAAUUGUAUCUAAUAACUAUAUAAAAAUGAAUUUAUAUUGUUACGAGUUUGGGAUGUUAAACUGGGUGCCAGAAACCUCUAAUCCCUGGAUCCAUCAAGUGUUAGAAUUUAAUCAAGGCCUCUAAUUCUAGAAAUAGCCAGGUUAGCCUCCAGGUGAGGUGAUAGCCUGGGUGGUAAACCAUUAAGGGGUAUUAAGGGGCUCAGUGUGAUAUAUCAAAUGAGUGGGGCCCCUCCCUUAACAUAAAAGGCCAGAAUUUGGAGUUGAAGGGGGCAGUGAUGUGACCUAGAAAUAAAGCAGCAAGAGAGAGUUAAGAGCAACGUUUGAGAACAGUGCCUGAUUUGUGGUUGUGGCUAUGGAAGAAAGUCUGGGUAUGGUAGAUUCUAUUGCUACUUUCUAAAUUAGGUUUUCUAACGGACACAGUCUGGUGUGCACUGAAUCCAUAUUUGCUAUAUUGCUCAUUAGCUUUUAUCCUGUUUCUUUCAUUCCCAUGAGAUGCAUUAACAAAAUAACCAAGAGAAAAUCUCACAUUUUGACAUUCGGGAGCUUUAAUGAUGUUUUAGUUUGGUUUAUUUUUCAUAAGUUAUCUGUGCAGUACUUUGUCAGCAUAAUCUAUGGCUUGACUAUUAAAUAUAUAUAUAAUAAGCAGAACAAAUUAUGAAAUGAAAAAUGUACCAUCUUAUUUUUAGCUUUCCAUCUAGCUGGCUUUCUAAUGAGAGCCGCCCAGGGAUCUUAUAAUAUUUACUGAACAGAAACUUAUUUAAGAAUAUAAGUCUAUGGGGGCCUUUCUGUAAUUUUGGUAAACUCACAGUAAAGGCAGGCAGAAGACCAGAGCUCUGGCCAGUUGGUAUGAGUGUGUGUACAAUUGAAAACAAGCAAGUCAGAGCUAAAGAGGGGGGAAAGGUAGCAAGAAAUUAUAUUUACUUAGCUGAAGUGAGCAUGGGGGGAUGGUAAAGGAGGUAAAGAUAUAUCCAGCACUGUUUCCCUGAUCAGCUUGCUAUCAUUAUCGGCUUUGAAUAAAGAAGAAAUACCCAAGGGAGAGACUUAUCUCUGAUCUAUCAGAUCUCAUCCAGCUCUGUCCCCAAAGGAGCAAAUUAAAAGAGGCAGUUUGCAUUAAAGAAAUUAAGUUGGCAAAGCAAAGGGAGUUCCCCAUGAACAUGUACGGAAAAACGUGUGUUCUACUCUUGUGAAGACUUACCGGGACCCAGAAGAGUUAAACAACUUUUCCCCAGUGGCAAAUAUCCCCCUCACAUAGUUCCCCAUCCUCUCCCCCAAGGCCGGGAAGGGAGAAAGCAAGGAAGUGACCGGCUUAUAUUCGGGUAGUCUUUUUUUCUCCCCCCCCCAUGUCUUUUAAAUGUGCGGCUUAUAUUCAGGUGCGGCUUAUAUUCGGGCCAAUACGGGUAUUUGGAUCCAUUCCAUUCUGGCUUCAGGCUUGGUUAUGGCACUGAAACUGCAUUGGUCACACUUGUUGAUAGCAUUUAUCAGAUGAGAGAUGGAGUCAAUGCUGUUCAUUCUCUUGAUCUCUCAGCAGAAUUCAGUACUGUUGACCUGCUGCUGCUACCUCCAGAAAGUAGUAAUUAUCCUAUGUUCUCUCACAGUGUUUGGAGGCAGCAUUAGGCUGGUGUUUGGACCAAUAAACUGAAGACAGAGGUGUCAUGUGUCCUGAGUUCUCAUGUCCAGGAGAUGGGGAGGUGACCUGCCCUGGAUGGGGUUGAACUCUCCUGGGGAAGCAGGUUCACAGCUUGGGGUGCUUCUGAAUUCAAAACUGUUGCUGGAAGUUCAUGUGAUCUCAAUAGCUAGGAGUGGCUUUUUUUUAGUUCUGGCUUGUUUGCCAGCUACAGCUCACUUUGGACAGCAAUGAUUUGACCACUGUACUGCAUGCUCCAGUAACAUUCGGAUUAGAUUAUUGCAAAGUGCUUGCCUUGAAAUUGACUUGGAAACUUCAGUUGGACCAAAAUACAACAGCCAGAUUAGUGACGGGGGUUCAAUUUAGAUCUCAUUUAACCCCUGUUUUAAAACAGCUGCUCUGGUUCCCAGUUUGUUUUCAGACCCAAUUCCAGGUGCUCAUGCUAGUGUUUAAAAUCCAUCCACACCACACGUUAAGGAAAACACACAGGGUAUUUAAUACUGUUUGUGGCUCCUAGCAGGAUGUUUUCUGUUUUAACACCUUAGCUGUGGCUUUCCUUUUCCUGGAAACUCCACCCCUCUAUAGGAAGUAUGUUUGUGUUUCCUUGUUUCACAAAUCCCUUGAUGGAAAAUUUUGCUACAUGCUUCUUCUUGUGGUAAAUUAAAGGUAAAGGUAAAGGUACCCCUGCCCGUACGGGCCAGUCGUGUCUGACUCUAGGGUUGUGCGCCCAUCUCACUUAAGAGGCCGGGGGCCAGCGCUGUCCGGAGACACUUCCGGGUCACGUGGCCAGCGUGACGAAGCUGCUCUGGCGAGCCAGCACCAGAGCAGCACACGGAAACGCCGUUUACCUUCCCGCUAUAAAGCGGUACCUUGCACUUAGGGGUGCUUUCGAACUGCUAGGUGGGCAGGAGCUGGGACCGAAAGACGGGCGCUCACCCCGCCGCGGGGAUUCGAACCGCUGACCAUGCAAUCGGCAAGUCCUAGGCACUGAGGUUUUACCCACAGCGCCACCCGCGUCCCUUAAAUUGGUAAAUUGGUCCUUCAUAUUUUAUGAUACACAUUAAAAAUGUGGGAGCUUAGAGAGAAGCAGGUCCCACAACCACAAAAGCUUCACUAUUAAGACAGUCAGAGAGGAUAGCUCCUCCUACCAAUUCUCCACACACAGAGUUGCUCAUUGGAUAAGCAGGGGUCAGCAAACUUUUUCAGCAGGGGGCCGGUCCACUGUACCUCAGACCUGGUGCGGAGCCGGACUAUAUUUUGAAAAAAAUAAUAAUGAAUGAAUUCUUACUCCCCACAAAUAACCCAGAGAUGCAUUUUAAUAAAUGCACACAUUCUACUCAUGUAAAAACAGGCUGAUUCCCUGACCGUCCACGGGCCGGAUUUAGAAGGCGAUUGGGCUGGAUCCUGCUCACGGGCCUUAGUUUGCCUAGCCCUGGAUAAGAGCCAAAGGCUGCAAGACACAAACUACUCACAGUAAAGUAGUCUGAUGAAAAUCUAGUUUUGACAUAAAUCUCAGCUUCUUACCUUAACCUUGAAGCAUGGGAUUCACUGAAUGCAAAGCAAAUUGUAACUUAAUAUUUCUUUGUGCUGCUUCAUCUCAUUUAUAUUUUAUGAAAUGACAAUAAAAGCUGAAUGGCUUUUUGUUACUCUCUGUAAGAAUGGCCCAAUGAUUUUUCAGCCCUAAUGAAUGAAAAAAGAAGCAAUGGUGCACCUACCUCUUUUAUAUGCUUAUAUACUUCUUUACAUCAAAGAGUUCAAGCGUGCUGUGAAAUAAAACUAGGCAAUCAAAUCAAGGAGAUGUAGACAGAUUUUCUGCUAUGAUAUAACAAGGGAAGGUAGAAAGAGCUGUGAGGUUUGUGUGUGUUUGAUCCAAUUCUGCAUGAUUGGGUAGAUCCAAGCGUUGUCAUGAUUGCUCUAAGUUAGCUAUAAUUGGAAUAUUCAAGAUGUCUUAUCAUGGGAUGACUAGAAGCCCUCACUUCCCAGUGAUGGCAAGUUGGUGUCUUAACUCCAGUUUCUUUGGCAGAGUAGCAAAUAGUGGAAGGGGAAAUCAAAGCCCACUUCUUGUGAAUCAUGACAUUACAACAUCAGCUGUGGAUUAGACUUAGCAAAAAUGGUAUCCUGAUAUAGCUGCAGUCUCCUGAGCCAAUUACAAGCUCAAUGAACCUUGUAGGAGAGCAUUUUAAGUUGGCUGUUUUCUUGCUAUGUGGUUGACUCUAAAUCAGUGUGCUUUCUCCCUGCAAGACACACAGGAAGUGCAUCGAGCACCAUCCUCAUCCUUUAUAGGGUAAAUAGCACAAAAACCAGCCACCAUAGUGACACAUUUUUAGGCCUUGAUGUACCUCUUCUUAUACUUCGGUCCAUUUAGUUUAAUAUUAUCUACACUGACUGGCAGCUGCUUUCCAGGGUUUCAGAGAGGAGUCUUUCCAAGCCCUCUUUAGAGAUACCAGGGAUUGAACAUGGAAACUUCUGCAUGGAAAGCAGAUGCUCUACCUGAGCUACAACCAUUCCUAUGAAUAAAAUAGAAAGGAAUAUACCUCAGCUACACCUUUUGGUGGCUAUUAUUUCCUCUUUUUUCCUCCAUGGUGCUGAGUUCGUCUUCAGUUAAAUCCUUAAGUCUGAUUUUGCUUGGGGUUUUUGUGUGACCAUAGCUUGUCUCUGGAUUUCAACUGUACUAGAAAGCAAUGAUAGGAAGUGUGAAAAUUCCUUUUGUGACACUAUGCAUUUGUAUGAGGCACUGAACAGUGGUAGGAGUCGAACAGAGGUGAAACAAAUAGAAUGCACCUCACUGAAACCUCAGUCUUUCGGAAAAGCUCUUUAAAAACCCACCACUCUGUGGCCGAGACCUGCUGAAGAACUAACUAACAAGCAGAAGCUGAAAUGCUGGGUUGGCGCCAUUCCUCUUGAACUGAAUUAAGCCAUAUAAGAUGGAAGAAACGCAGCUCAAUUUUGUGUAUACUGUGGACUCCAAAGAAUGAAUUGCAAGCAAAUAGUACAUGAGAUGGAAGAACACUAAGUAAGACCAUAUUUUACAAUGACAGGAUCACAUUUUGCUCUGGUAUAAUAUCCAAAUAACCCUCUUGAAUUGUUUGGAGAUGCUGCAGAAUCACAAGGGCAUAGAUGAGAUGGGAACAGGUACAUCGAGAAGUAUGUAGCUGGAAUGGGUUUAUAAGGGAGGUUGUAAGACAGCAGAACACAUUGGUUAACUGAAAAUAUUUCCUGCAUAAAUUUUGUUUUCCCCCAGAUACUAGCAUAACUUAGAAACUGAUUAAAAGUGGCCUUUAGUUUUCUCAGGCUGCAGUCAUACUAAGAAGUAUGUUCCAUUUGACACAGUGAGUUUUAGUUCUGAGUAAAUAUGCAAAUUAUUGUGAUAUGUAUCCUGUUAAAUAAAUACCCUUGUCGUGCUUAAUUGGGCUUUAGACACAACUUAAGUGAUUCAUUUGCUUAUUGAAGUAAUACUAUGAAUGAGCCUACUAACUCCUUGCAGGCAGAAAGUUAGGACACCAGGGACAAAAAGACUAAAUCCUUCUCUCCCACAUACUAGCUAUCAAUGAGCAAGAAGCUUUAGGGGAGCAUUCAACCACCUAAAAAUAAGAUAAAACAAAAUACUGUAAGUUCUCUGUGAUGUGGUAUGUGCAUUUUGUGCACAGUUGGUGUCAUAUAAGUAGUAAUAAGAUAAUAAGAUAAGAUGGAAGGAAGGAGAAAAAUAGAAUCCAUGACAACAGACAAUGUAAAAGCUCCAUCUGUUUUGUCUUUAGCAAAUGUCUAGCUGGGCAGUUAUCUGUUGAUAUGUUUUUAGUGACUCUUAAGCACAGAAAAGUAGUAGAAGCAUCACAUAUUCUGAGGUCUGAUGAAGUUUAUGUCACAUACCUAGUGUAGCUCUUUGUUUUCCACAUAUUGUACAAAGCACAUCACAAACACUUUGACAUUUGCUUUCUUUUCUUUGUUUUUCUCCUACUGAAUAGCUUUGACAGAUAAUGUUUUUAAAUCCAAGUCCUAGCUUUUAAUUUCCCCCCUGCAAUUUCUGUUCCACAUGCUACGGAGGGUUAUUUACCCAGGUAUCCUAGUUUUGUCUCAGAACCACUCCCAGAUGAAAAACAAUGCAUAAUCCAGAUAUAGGUGAUGGACAGUGUGGGUUUGUUCAACUGGUAGGUGUGGCAACCUUAAUAUCACCUACAAUCUUGAAAUAGGGAUGCGAAUAAAAUGGAAGCCAAUUGGAUGGCUGGUUCUGUAGCUUUUCCAUUUGGAUCUGCUGUAUUCUUAAAUUUUGGAAUCCUGCCCACCAUGGUGACCCCUUCCCUCCUGUUCCAUUCAUUACAGUCUGUUCUGUUGUGUAUUAUUCCACCUCGUUCCAUUGUGCACAUAUUUGCACAUAAAUUAUGCAUUUUCCAAUUCUUUCCAAUGCACUUACCAGUAAAUACAUUUUAUGCAUCUUUUGCACAUCUUUUACCCUUUUUGGGUGCACUAAAAUGCAUUGUGAAAUCUGGAGAAGUGCCUAAUGUGACUAGGAGUUGUGUUCUGAUCUACAAGCAAAUUCAGUGUGUUGGAUCAGAGUGGUUCACUGUGGAAAGUGGACCAAAUGAAAUCCUCCCCCAUGGCUCCUGAAAGCUACCUUAUAUUUCAAAGAAACAAAAAAUAUAUAUGAAAUAAAUACUUUUCCAGAAGGAAGGAAUAAAAGAUAAGAGAACAGAUAAGCAUAAUAUAAUAAACUUCCUUUCCAUUGUCUUACAUCAAGCUGCAAGACAGAAAGCCUAAAUAUGAGUAGCUGGUCUUUUGAAUUUUCCAGAAACAUGAAAAAAAGGGAAGGAUGCUUCUCACUGCUGAGAAGUAGGAUGUUGCUUUCCUAUUUCAGUGAAGCUGGUGUCACAGCCUUACUGUGCCAGGUCAGAUGAAAAGCACAAUUUAAGCAGCCACAGUGAAUGGCUGCCAUCUGUGCUGCAGAUGUCACACUUUCUUUUCUCCUAAGAACUGAUUUGAGGUUUUACUCAUAGGAAACUAAAAUUAGGAAGGUAUAGAGAAAAGCAAUAUGUGGAGUAGACUUUUUUUCCUAUGAGAGAAGUAAUAAUUGGAGGAACUGCUGGGGAAUUUUUUCUUUAUAAGCUUUGGAGAUCGGUUCCACCUGGUGGACAGUUACAGUGAGCUUUCAAUGAUAACAUUAAACUGUCACGACGACACACAAAAUGCUUGUUUUAAAAACUACAACUUUAUUUGAUAACUGUUUUAAUGCUGAGCUGAAAUUGUAUACUGGCACCCAUAGCCCAAAUGAAUGUUAAACCAAAAGAAUAUUUAUUACAUUGGCAGAGUAUUCUGUUAAUUAGAGUAUCAGCAGUUUGAUUAGAGGCUAACCAAGAAUUCUCAUUAUGCAAAGCUGUUUAUACAAUUUUUUGUACAUCCUGAUGAAAAAAUCUGUACCAGGAAGCACUAAUGUUGCUAGCAACAAUCAUGUUCACCCUUUGUUUCUCAAUCAAAUUGGCUGGUAUGCUGCUUAGGACUUCUUUAGCACAAUCAAGAUCCAAAAGUUGUUUUCUCACAAUUGUUAUGCAGCGCUCCAGAGUACUUGGGAAUGAAACAAGGCACUGUGGUGGAUGCCAGGCUGCCACCAACAAAUGACAACACGGAAGCAAGUGAACAUGUUUUGAGGUGGAGUGGGAUUGCACAGGCAGGCCUUGCCCUUGAACAAUGCCUGCAUGCUAUGCAACCACAAGCUGUAUGUGCUCAUAUGAAUGGGUGUAUGCUCAUUUUCUGUACACAAAAGCCUCCUUCCAUCAUUUUCCCCUUUGCAUAAUGAGUGGGGACAAGGCCAUUGGUCUAUUCACUGUAUCCCUGUUUUUGGCUUUAUUACCUUCCAUGUGCUGGGAAGGGAACUUUUGCAGCAAGAAGCCUGCUGUACUCAUGAAUGCUCCUUGCAUGAUUAGAACCCUGAAUUUUCAAUGUUCUCAAAUCAUAUGAGAAGCCAACCUAAGCCGAGAAGGCUUUGCACAGGAGGAGCUCCCUUCUCAGUGUAUGAAAAGUGAUGGCCAGUGGUGGAAAUGCAACAGAUAGGGCCAGAUCGAUGGGCUCCUUCCCAUUCUCUACCCUCAUUGGGUGAGAUUUUAACACCUGUAUAAGGUUACAUAUAAUAUGUUUACUGAACAUACACUGUUUGGGGUUGAGGAUUGCCAUCACAAUCCUGCCCUGCUCUGUAUGUUCAUUGUUACCUCAGAACUGUUGUCUGAAAGGGAGAAGACCAUGGAGUUAAUUGGCCUGCUACUGAUCACAUAUCUCCAGAUUAAAGAGAGAGAGCUCUUGAUUUUGUUAAGGGUUGUUGACUCUUCCAAUUCACUUCCUGAUUCAUUCUACCAACUUAUAUGCAAAUCAGAAGAUGAAGGGUACUUAUGUUUGCAUUCAGAAGUAAGCGGACUGGGAAGGCUGGAGCCAGGGUAAUUAGACACACAGUUGGCUUCCAUUUUAUUUGUGCGCCUUUCUUUAUACAGGAUAGACUGGCUUGGUGAAUAGACUUUCCCUAUGCUCCAAUUUUGUGGCUAGAUGUUAUUCAGAAACCAACCGGCACCCUAUGCAGGAAAUGCAAGCUUAACAAGCUAAUUCUAUGCAUAUUUAGUCCUUAUUCAGUAAUUCGUUCCAAUUUAUUCCAUGUUUUAAUCUCACCUUUCAACCUGAAACACUCCCAAAGCCGUUUAGGAACCAUGAUGUAUUUGAAAUACAAUAUUUAAAAAAACCCUAUGUACCUACCUAUAUGCAUACACACACAUGCACACACAGCUGUGCAUGCCACAAAUCCAAAUGUCCAGUGAAUUAAAAAGGCUUUGGCAGACAUCCACAAUAGCACCAGAUUCCAAAAGGAGGGAGUCACUUAAAAUGCCACUUCAAAAAAUGUCCUGCUCUUACCAAAUGUCAGCCUAAUGUCCCGUGAAGUUCAGCAAGAUUUACACACAGAAGGGUGGCCCAUUCAAAAGCAGUUAAUUCCUUUACCAACCAUUAUUUCCCAGAGACACAAUUUUCUCAUUUGAGGUUAUUGCUAAGCAUUUAGUUUUCACUUGGUAUGCAAUCCGAUAGAUCUGUCUCCUAUACAUUUAUAUCCCACCUUGUUUAUACCAAAGAACUCAAGGCAACAUAGAUGGUGUUCCAUGUGGUAUACCAUCCACGAUAUUGAGCAUAACUAGACCUACUUAGUAAACGGGCUGCAUCACGUACCUUCAGAGUAUGCCCUUUCCACAUAAUAGCAAAGCCUUUAAAAAUGGACCUGGAAUGAUUUCAGUCUUAUCCAGUAGAGCAUGUACCUUUGUUUUGUUUUUGACAUUUUCUUUGAAGUAGAACUUCCACAGACAUCACUAGAUGCUCUAUACCGAAAGGCUUUUCAAAAGUGAAACAUAAUAAAUGAGAGAAGCAAAUAGAACAUUAGGGGAAUUUUUGCUUUUGUAACUGUAUUAAAGUAGGUCACAUUUGGGCUUAGAACCUUGGCUGUGCUUGUUGCAGUUAAAUAUAUAUAAAAGCAAUCAUAGGAUUUAGGAUCCUAAAGCCAGUGGCAUUUUUCAGAAUCAAAUUCAAGCUGGCCUGAGUCUGCUAAGUGAUUUAAAUUGACACAGCUCAGGGGUAAGCUGUAUUUUAUAGAGGUGCCUGCCAGUAUGUUUGAAAUCUAAUUGCAACCAAGUUUUAAAGCACUGGUUCUUGCACAGUAAUGCUUCAUGUUCUUUUCAGGAGCAUCUGAAAGGUUGAACUAAAAAACACCAUAAAUAUUGUAAAAAUGAAUUCCUUCCUUGGUGUUCCUUGGAUGCGGGUGGCGCUGUGGUCUAAACCACUGAGCCUCUUCGGCUUGCCGAUCAGAAUGUCGGCGGUUCGAAUCCCCGCGAUGGGAUGAGCAGCUGUUGCUCGGUCCCAGCUCUUGCCAACCUAGCAGUUCGAAAGCACGCCCAAAUGUGCAAGUAGAUAAAUAGGUACCGCUCCAGCGGGAAGGUAAACGGUGUUUCCGUGUGCUGCUCUGGUUUCAGUGUUCUAUUGCGCCAGAAGCGGCUUAGUCAUGCUAGCCAAAUAACCUGGAAAAACUGUCUGGACAAACACCGGCUCCCUCAGCCUGUAAAGCGAGAUGUUGUCAGCGACUGGACUUAACUGUUAGAGGAGUCCUUUACCUUUACUUUUAGUGUUACCUAUUAGAUGCAGAAUAAUUCUGUUUUCAAAAACUACUGUUUCUCUCAAAUCUUUUCCAGAGAUAAGUGUAUGUUCUGUCAGUCAUGCAGGGGCAAAUAUAUUUCAAAUGGAAAUAGGGUGUUUUCAAAACCAAAAAUAAGCAUGUGUUAAUUUCCAGAAAGUCAUGACUGUUGUUGCCAUUACUUUCUAUUCAGAUUUGUUUUCAUUAAUAUGUAGAUCCACAGACAGACACACACACACACACACACACACACACACACUUUAUUUAUUUUCUUUCCUUUUCCAAGAUUAAACAGCAAUAAAUAUACAAGUGUUUACUGGCUUUUUUAUUAUGUUCUCUGCUAUACACAAUUUCAUGUAUAUGUGUGGUAUCCGGGAACGUAGCUCCCACGUAAGUGGGGAGGCGCCUUGUAUCUUUGUGCUAUAGAAGACCAUGUCUUUCAGACCCCACCCCACCCUGAAAAUUAAUAUAGCUUCAAGGCUUCAACCAAUGCAUAUUUUAUAUGCAUGAGUCCCAGUUGUGUUCAGUUGAGCUUAUUCUCAGGAUAGUGUGUGACAGGCUAUUAUUUCCUAAAAGGACUGAGUUUAGGCCUGUAGCCACUGAGAGUGGGGCUGCAGAAAGCAGAAUGUUCUAUGUUCAGUUUUUGUUUUUGUUUUUUUACUAUUUUCCUUUAACAGGUAAAAUAUUAAGGAAAAGCACAGAUUUAAUAUUUUUUUUCUUACUGGUUUAGUAAAAAUAAAAACUAAUAAAACCUGUUCCUACUCUCCAAUGUCCCUAGUGGCAAAAGUAACUAAUAAACCUAACAAGAUUUUAAAACUUUAUAGAAUAAUUUUUAUUUAAUUUUAUUAAUAAUAGUUUAAUUGUAGUAAAGUAUAUGAUCUUUCAACCCUGUACUCACUUACUUGGGAGCAAGCCCAAUUAAACACAAAGGGACUUACUUUUGAGUAGACAUGUAUACCAUUCUGCUGCAAAUAGCUGAACAGUGUGCAUUCCUGGACUUUAGCUAUGGCACAAUAGGACUUGUAAAUAAAGUCUCUAUACCAGACUGCACCUAGAGAUUCAGGGCUUUACAGAAAGGAGGUAAAUAGACAUCACUCCUGUGUAACCAUCAGUUCCUUACUGCAGUCAAUGAAAUCAUACUCAUUUCUUAGUAUAGACUCACACCCCAUAAUGAUGCCUUCAGCUCUCUACUGAACAUGUCCAGAAAUAAUCUCUCUCCAUAAUUCUUAAAGGAACAUGCACUAGUCGAUCACAGGUUUAUAAGGAUAAUUUAUUUGUGCUUUUGUUAAGGUUCAGUAAUGACCCCAAACAGACUUUUGGUUAAAACGAUAUGCAAGGUUUUAAUGUCUUGUAUAUGAUAAUCCUGAAGCUAUGCAUUUUUAAAUGCAUGGCAUUCAGUGGGCUUCAAAUGGGGGCUGUGCUUAUUUCAGAAAUAGCAGAACUUAUUCUUCAAUAUUGUGGGGCAAUAUUACAGCCAGACCAACAAUUUGUGAGGCUCACAGAGUUUUUCUGUAAAGUUUGCUAGAGAGAACUCUGUGAGAUCACUUCCUUUGUCUGUCUUGGCAGGAAGCUGUAAUACUACAUCCUGCUGCCUGCCUUGGCAGCCGCCUCUUUCUUCAUCAUGCUUCCAAGCUGACCACAUGUGCGUGUCUGAGCUCUGCAGCUCAGAUACCAUUUUUGAACUUGCAUUUUGUACUUUUAUAGUUUAGAUAGUAACUAUAAACCUGCCUUCGUUUUGCUGCUGUAAUUGCUGCUACAAGACGUAGAUUAUGUAAGUAAAUACCACUUUUAAUUUUUUCACAAAGAAUGUGUGUGUUAAGGGGGAGAAAAGGGGUAAAAGCAGGGAAAAUCCAGUCUGUCUUAAAGGGUCCUGGGUUAUUGUUUCUAGAAGGUUCAAUCAACCUUGUCUCGGCUUCCAAGUUUAAGCUGCAAAUCAUGGUGCUCUGCUGAUCUCACUACAAGAAAGGAUAAUAGCUAAACAAUAUGUCCUCUCCUGGUGUCUAAAUCCAUGCCUACAGAUAUGUGGACUGAAAUAAUGGACACAGCUACAAACAUUUAGCGAGCAAACGCUCAUAACAAGUGGAUAAUCAGCAAUCUACCUGGUGACUGAUAAUUAUCAUUGAUACUGUUCAGUAAAACAGUCAAGGGGUCAGGAAUAAUAUCGUGAGAAUUUGUAGGAUCUGAGACCAGAGAGUUUGACUCCACAACUCAAACUCCUGUGUCCCAUGACUCAUAUAAGAGCUAAUAAUUUUAACCAAAGUUGGUUAGGAAUACUAAUUCUUAAAACCCAGUUAUCUGGCCAUACGCAUGAUUCCGUACACUGUUUAAUGCUUGCUACUACAAUAGAUCAUGCAACUGUAGAUAACUGGCAGGUCAUCAGUCAGCCAUGAUAAAUGUUAUUUUUGGACAGUUGUUGGGUUUUUUUAACUACUCUUGGUGGAGAUUUUCAAAGCCAAUGUAGUCAUAGGUUCAGUUUUUGUAGGCUGUUGGACAAGAAGGUAUUAGCAGGUCUGCCUGGUCCUUUUUUGUCGCUAGACAUGGAGGGGGGAACCCAUCCAUUGGACAUAUAUUAAGUGGAUACGCAGAACCUGAGGACUUUGCUGGUGUUUGGUGGACUUUUGUGACAUAACAGUUGUGCCCGUUUGAACAUUAUACCUGCCGAAAAUGACUCUAUGUGGAACUAAUGAUGAUACCUGCAUAUGCCUUUAUGUAAAAAUAGCUUGUAAAGCCUGUUCUUUCUUUGGGUCCUCAAUCCAGUUGCAUGAUGACUUCUUGGCACCCAUCUCUAGAUUCUCCUUUUAGAAUAAAUAAAUAAAAUGUACAAAGUACUUUUUCUUAUCACUGAAAAGCCAUGGGUCAGCUUCUGAUAUUAAAGGAGGGGACCCAGAGGACAAAGCUGACAAUUACAGGCAGCUCUCACGUCUCUAUCUUUCAGUAUUUGUUACUUGCUUAUUUUACCGCAUCAAUUUCUUCUAGUCUUUUCAGAUUCGUAAGUCCUCAAAGUGUAGCCACCACUAGGGAUCUCUUUAAAGAUGUAGCACUCCCACUGGUGCAAUGUCUUUGAAAACUGAGCUGUGAGGUUGGAAAUAUUGUGAUACCUUUAGUACUUCCAUGGAGAUGUAUUGUGGACCAACUUUGUCCUCUCUCCAUUGACUCCUUUUAGAAACUCUGCAGGUUUAUUUGAGAAUCUCUCUGGGCUCUGUUGUUGUUGUUUUUAAAAAGAUGUUUUCAUCCUUUGAGAUCAUGCUUUGAUCUACGUUUAAAUAGGCAGGGUGAGUCUGACCUAGUUUUCCCCCACCCCUUUGAGCAUUUGGGGACUUUUAGAAGCAUUUUAUUGAAGCAAACAUAUAAGAGUAUCUGAGGCCAGUUUUAACACUUCAGAGGUUUGUUUUGAAUACUCUACUAUUUAUAUUUUGCUUUUACUGGCAUUUAUUCAUUAAGACACUUGGGGACCAUUAAGGCAAGAAACCUCAGCUGCUGAGGCACCAUUUCUAAAUUCCUUGCAAUGUUAGCUCUUACUAGAAUAAGAAAUAUAUGGGUUAAAUUGAUUUUCAAAAAUAAGGAUCAAUUUAUACUAGGGCUGGGGAAGCUUUUCAGCCCCAGAGCCACAUUCCCACCUGGGCAGCCUUCCAGAGAGCUCAUACCAGAGGCAAAAGUGGGUGCAGCAAUAAUGUAAAUUUUGUACUGCUGGCUAGUUUCUACACACAUUCACCCGUACCUUUCUCUAUCCUCUGUCCAGGCAAACUAGAGGCAUUAUCAAGAGUUCUAGAACACAUUCUAGAGACAGGCAAAAAACUGACUAGACCACUGCUCCCAUAUGGCAAGCCGCAUCACUACAGCAUCUCCAUGAGAGUUUUCUAGACUGAUUCCAUCCAUAGUGGCCAUUGGCUCCUCCUGGGCAGGAAGAAGUGUAAGAGGGAGAUAGUAAGCAGCCUUAUACUCGGUACUGUCUACUCUGACUGCCAAUGGCUCUCCGGGGUUUUCGAUAGCAGCCUUUCCCAGCCCUACCUGGUGUCACUAGGGAUUGAACCUGGGAUAUUAUGCAUGCAAGGCAGAUCCUCUGCCAUUGAUCUGUGGUCCUUUGGUUUGUCCUCUGAUCCUGAUAACACUUUGCUUCUGAUUCUCAGGUUCCCCCUUCUCAUUUCAUUCUGCAGCCCAUAGCCCAUAAUUGACUAUUACACUGAUACCUUGUAUUUCCUCCAAGGUGUUCAGGCGGCACACAUGGUUCUCUACCACCCGUUUCAUCCUCCCAAUGAUCUUGAGGAUUGCUUGAGCGAAAAUCGUUCACCCAAGGAUACCCCGUGAGCUUGAAACCUGGGCCUGCCAGCACACUGACUCCCAAGCCCUCUCUAGCAAACGGGAAUAAUUUCAGAAUGGGGCAAGUAGCAGGGGUUCUUUCUCACACUCUACUCCCAUCAGAAAUGGGAAAUACAUGGAUAAAAGAGAUUGAAAGAGGUGGGCUUCUAAAGAAACCCUCAACAUGGUGUGGGGGGAAACUAGAGGAUUAAGUGUCUACAUUACUUUGGCAUGAAUCAGUUUUAUUAUAUUUCUGCAUUCAUAUGUUGUUGUUUUUUAAAAAAAAUAAACCCAUAUUUAGAAGAAAUACAUGUUUGUUCAACACACUUCUAUACAUGUUUAAUCAGAAGUCUUAAAAAAUAAAUCAGUGGCUUUACUCCCAUGGAUCGGCUUACUCACAGUUCAGUAUGCAUAGGAUUAAUGUCUUAGAUAUUUUGAGAGAAAAUAUAUCUAUUUCUAGAAACAUUUUCUCUCAAAAUAGUCAUUUUAAAACUCAUCUCGAUAUCUUUCUUCAGCUAAGAACUUCAUCUAAACAUCUUGGAAGUGUGAAAGCUGGUGGCUUCCUAACUUUCAAUUCACACUUUGGUCAGCAAGGUAUGGGUUAGGUCAGUUUGUACUGGAAUUCACAAAGACUGAAUUCCUGAAGCAUGCCUAGAAAAAGCUUUAAAACAGGAGAAAGAAACGGAAAAAUCAGGCUACUGCAAAAACAGACUGAAAAUCAGAGCAAAAGAACUGAUGAGGAAUGUCAAGCAGAGGCAGUACAUGAAAGCAAACACACCUGUCGCUCUACUGGCCUACAAGGGCUGCUUUUUCUUGUGCCUUCUGAAAGCCUUAUAAGCUGUUUUUUCUCCCUGUGACAUUAUGUCUCCAUGGUGUGAAGGAGAAGAAGCUGAUCAAAAUCCUAGCUAUAAAAGUCAUCACAAGAGUAGGGGAACGCACAUACAGGUUAUAGAGGAACUAGGAGUGAUAGCCAAAGGUAUACAUAGGAAACUUUUGAAGAACAGAUAAUACAUUCUCAAAUGUAUUGAAUGGCUGUGAAUUUUAAACAGCCAUUGGAGGGUAGAAGAGAGAAAAGAGAAAGUAACCAAUGUGCGGUUUAACCCUCCCCCUCCACAACCCUAACAGAUAGAUUUCUAAAAGCACCAGAGACAGAAAAUUCAAAUCAGGGAAGACCAAGUUUCAUGGAAUUUGGCCCCCUCUAAUUAAAGCAAGGGAUGCUUACAUUUUUGAGCACCCCUGCUUUGAAUAAUUGCCCCAAUUCCGGAUGGAAGUCAUUACAGUGUAGGGAACUGUGUGAAUUCUAGAUUCAGUUUGUUGCAUAUAGUGUGUGCAUAUGUGUCUAUUUCAUUGUGUCACCAGUAACUUUUUGUGUAAAGGAUCCCCAAGUAUGUAGCUUUCACAAAAUCAUAAGAGCUGGAUGAUCAAGAGUUGUAAAAUCAUAAAGCUGAUCCAAUCCCUUGCUCAGUACAUGAAAUCCAGAGCUAGAACAUCCCAACAGAUGACUGUCCAAAUUACACUUGAAGACCUUAGCAACGAAAAGCCCUCCAAGUAAUUGGUUCCAUUGUUGAGCAUUCCUCUUAAUGUUCAACUGAAAUCAAUCCUGCUGUAAGUUAAACCCAUAAGUUGGUAGGCCCACCACCUGCCUCCUUGAUCCGUGCCUGUCUUGGCUGAUUAGGGAGUGUCCAGAUGUUGUGCGGACCCCCCUGGUUGAAAUUAUCAAUUUGUCCCUUGACACGGGGACAUUCCCAGGGGAACUGAAGGAAGCAGUGGUGUGUCCACUCUUAAAGAAAACUUCAUUAGAUCCCUUAGACCUAUCCAAUUACCGCCCAGUUUCAAAUCUUCCAUACCUGGGUAAGGUAAUUGAGAGAGCGGUUGCUGAACAGCUUGGUAGGUUUCUGGAGGAAACAUCGGCAUUAGAUCCAUUUCAGUCCGGUUUCCGUCCUGGUUUUGGGACGGAGACGGCUCUGGUUGCCCUAACAGAUGAUCUCCGUAGACAACUGGAUCGAGGCGGGUCAGGACUGCUGAUCCUUUUAGAUUUGUCAGCAGCCUUUGACAUGGUCGAUCAUGAUCUUCUGGACCACCGCCUCGCAGACGUGGGGAUACAGGGCAUAGCCCGUAACUGGUUGUGCUCUUUUAUCUCUGGUCGGGGACAGAGGGUGGCACUAGGGAGGGAAAUGUCGUCGCGCCACUCCUUGGUGUGUGGAGUGCCGCAGGGCGCAAUUCUCUCCCCGAUGCUUUUUAACAUCUUUGUGCACCCUUGCCCAGAUUAUCCGGAGCUUUGGGCUGGGCUGUCACCAAUAUGCUGAUGACACUCAGCUCUAUCUGCUGAUGGAUGGCCACACCGACUCGGCCCCGAACACACUGACCAGAUGCUUGGAAGCUGUGGCUGGAUGGUUUCGUGGGAGCCGAUUGAAACUAAAUCCUUCGAAGACAGAGGUCCUAUGGCUAGGUCGGGAUGGCAUGGGGAUGAGGGACCAACUCCCUUCUCUUGCGGGGCCCAAUUAGUGCCAUUGCCUUCCGUUAAGAGUUUGGGUGUAAUCCUUGACGCCUCCCUUUCCAUGGAGGCGCAAGUUACAGCAACAGCCAAGGCGACAUUUUUCCACCUUCGCCGCAUCAAGCAUUUGGUCCCUUACCUUUCCCGCCCCAACCUGGCCACAGUGAUCCAUGCGACGGUCAUCUCCAGGCUUGACUACUGUAAUUCGCUCUACGCGGGCUGCCCUUGAAGCUGUCCCAGAAACUCCAGCGGGUACAGAAUGCUGCAGCGAGGCUCCUCACGGGGUCUCUGCCAUGGGAGCAUAUUCACCCAGUGCUUUUCAAGCUGCACUGGCUCCCGGUGGAGUACAGGGUCAGAUUUAAGGUGCUGGUUUUGACCUUUAAAGCCCUUCACGGCCUAGGACCCUCGUACCUACGGGACCGCCUCUCCCGGUAUGCCCCACGGAGAGCCUCAAGGUCCAUAAAUAGCAACACCCUAGUGGUCCCAGGCCCUAAGGAAGUUAGAUUGGCUUCAACCAGAGCCAGGGCCUUUUCAACUCUGGCUCCGGCCUGGUGGAACGCUCUGCCUCAUGAGACCAGGGCCCUGCAGGAUCUGAUUUCUUUCCGCAGGGCCUGUAAGACAGAGUUGUUCCGCCUGGCCUUUGGCUUGGAGCCAAUUUGAUUCCCUUCCUCCCUCUUUCUUUUUCUUUUCCUUCUCCUCCUGCGAUGAGGCUACAUUUUAAUAUUUUAAUGUUCCAUUAUUUUAAUGUUGUAUUUUAUUUUUGUUUUUAAGUUGUAAUCAUUCAUCUUGUUUUUAUUAUUGCUUGUAAGCCGCUCUGAGCCCGGCCUUGGCUGGGGAGGGCGGGGUAUAAAUAAAUUAUUAUUAUUAUUAUUAUUAUUAUUAUUAUUAUUAUUAUUAGUUAAACCUGCCCUCCAGGGCAAAGAAAAAGUUUUUGUGACAGCGCUUCAAAUAUUUGUAGAGUGCUACUAUGGUCCCCCAUCCCCCCCCCUUCUUAUUUUCCAAACGAAAGCAUUCCAAGAUUCUUCAACCUUUAUUCCUAGGACUUUUUUCCCAUACCAUUGACCAUCUUGGUUGCCCUCUUGUAAACCUGUUCUAAUUAUGUCUAGAUACUUCUUAAAGUAUGGCACCCAGAACUGGACGUAGAACAGCAGAAGAGGUCUGACUAGUGCAGAAUGAAGUGGGCCCUUUGCUUCUCAUGAUUUGGAAACUUGAAUUAUGUUAGUGUGGCCUAAAAUCAUAUCAGCCUCUGUCUUUUUUCCCCAGCCACAUCACGUUGCCAACUCAUAUUCAGCUUCUGAUAGACCAAAAUCCUGAGAUCUUUUUCACAUAUGCUGCCUUCAGUUCAGGUAUCUCCUACCCUAUAGUGGUGUGCUUGAUUACAGGAGAGGGGGCAAAAUGGAGAACUUUGUCCCUAUCAAAAUUCAUUUUGCUAAGUUUCAGAGCAGCUUUCUAGUCUAGCAUCCUUUUAUUCCUGUCUAUUGAGGUGUUAGGUGUGCCUCCCAGUUCUGUGUAAUUGAUCACAUUUAAUAAAUAAAGAUUCCCUCCACCCUUCCAUCCACCCUGUGGCCCUCCAGAUAUUGCUGGACUACAACUCCCACCAUCCCUAAUCACUGGCCAUACCAUUUGGAGCUGGUGAAAGUACUUAAUAGAGCAGCAAGGCCACCAUCACAUCCACAAGAGUGCUGACUGUGACCAAAGAUGGGGCAGGCUGGGGAAUGCUCCCCACUGGUUGCUGCCGCGAUAACUUCCACCCAUUCACCUGUUUGGUGGUUGAAAAGGGAAACUUCAUGCUGGUGGAGUCGCACUGGCAUCACUCCAUAGGGAGAUGUCAACAGGGGGUGGGUCACUUCCACCCAAUCCACACCAACACCAUUCCAAUCAUUUGGAUUCCUCUGCCAAUCACUGGAAAAAACCAACCAAGUCCCCACCCCCAUUACCUAGGAUAGAGUCCAGCCAUGCCCCACGUGAAACUUCCCUUCAGUUUGAAAAUAGGUUUCUAACAAGGAUUAUCUCCUUGGAGAGGGAGUGAGAGAGAGAGAUUUAUGCAUCCAGUUAACUGUUCCUCUCCCCACUCCCCAAUAAUAGUCCUUGGCUUUCAGUUCAUGCCUACUCUUCCUCUUCAGCAAUCAGUCAUCCUGUAAGGGGAGUUCUUUCUUUUUGUGACAUUCAGCUUUCAUUCUUUUAUUAUUGCCUCUUUUCUGUUGUUGUUGUUGUUGCUACUGCUGCUGUGCCGUUUAACUCACCCUGAUUAUUCACAUUGUCACAGACACAAGCAAACUAAUUGAACUUACCUAUGUACUGUCAAAUGUAGUUGCCGACAAUGUUUGCAUUGUCUCGCAAGCAGAACUUCUGUAAAAACCAAAACCAUUAUUCAGCUAGCAGCCUUGGUGAAAAAUUUAGAAAUGGCUUCUUUGGGAUUUCAGAAUGCUCUAGUAAGGAAUAGGGAUGGGGGAGAAAUUCAGUACAGUUUACAUUAAAAGGGAAACCUACCUAAUUUGCACUUUCUGAAACAAUAUGAGAACCGAAAUGCAGUCAUCCUUCAAAAUCCACACUUCUGCAAAUUUUGCAGCACAGAUUUCCAGUCAAAUAAUGUGUCCAAAAAUGCAUAUGCUGAAGUAGUGUCCAUAAAAAUGCAUAUAUUGCUGAAAAUAAUUUGCAAUAAUGCCUUGUUUUAGGGGUAAUUGCUUUGCAAAAAUUUGUAUAUUAGGCUAAUUUGGAUACUAGGAUGUGUAUAUUAGGAAAAAAUCACAUCAAAAUACUGGCGGGUUUUCAUGAGGGCUUUAAAAAAAUAAUAAUAAUCACAAGCAGAUUUGGGGAUGUGGAGUACUGAAUUUAAGAUCAGAAAAGUAAGAGGUUGAGAGAACCUGAACUUGACAGAUUUGCCCAUUCCUAGUCAAAAAGACUCUUCCGCAUCUUCAGAAGAGAAAAACCAUUAUUUAUGUGUAACUCACGGAGCCUGCUUGAGGAUGGUUGAUGUACAUGAGUGUAUUUCCAAUUGCCUCGCUGGAAUCUCCUGAAGGUCAUGGGGAUUAAAGAAGAGACAAUCUGCAGAUGGUGACUGAAUAACUUGAAGUCUUCUAGCAGUACUGCAUUUAUACAGAGAAGAAAAGAAGCAGAACUGUUAGUCCUUUCCGCCUCCGUAUACUUUGCUCACAACAUGAGUAGUGCUGAGAAACCUCUGCUAGAGAUGCUUUGUUUCUUUCAUAGAACUUGAGUCUACAAGUUUUCUUGCGGAUGACGAAUGAUGGUUAGUGCUAUUAAUUAUGCAUCCCCUAUCUAUGAAAACAGAAAACUAUUGGAAGGAAUUCUGUAUCUAAUCUGUGGCUACUGUACAUACAUCCUGGAUAUUAAAUGAAAGAGUUCAAGACUUUGCAUUUUAAUGUGAUUACCACAUGCAUUUUAGUUUGUUUGCACUUUGGUUGAGAUUGGGGUAUAUAUUUCCUAUGUGAUCUAAAAUGUUCCAAAGACGCAGAUAAAAUUAUAACCUAGUAUUUGAACGUAGAAUGAAAGGUGGGUUUUGAAUAACUACAUAUUAUAUAGUCCCUUAUCCAAUAGAGAGUGUUGUACCAAAGGAGAGAUGAGCAGCAAGAAGAUAAACAGCUCCAAGCCAUAGGUCAGAGAAAUUUGGAGGAGGAUGAACAGGAAAUUCAGUAUGCUAUAUGCAAAGGCUGGAUAACCCUCUUGAUUCCAAGGGCUAAAUUCCAUGAUGGGGGUGUAUACAACUGGUGGGCAGGACUAGAUGCAAAACUGGGGAAAGUCCUGAGGGCCAAACUGAGAGAGCUGGAGGGCCACAUUUGGCUCCUGAGUUUCCUACCUAUGCUCUAUUCUUGACAAGGCUUUGGUGUGUUGUCUUGAAUAGUUGCGGCACUUGCUGUUCAAAGGGGGGGGGGAGCUUGAUCUGCAAUGAAUGUUUUAACAUUUAAAAAGUUAAUUUGAGACAUGAAAAGAUUUCUGAAGAAGUGAUCCCUGAACCUAUGCACUCAUAAUUCGUUAACCCAAAUGCCAUCUACUGACAAAUUUAAUGAAGGCCCUUUUUCCUAGACAAAUGAAAUGCCAGGAGUCUCCCAAGAACAUAGCAGUUACAGGAAGUGUGGAACUGGCAAGGGAUACCUUUAUGCUCACAUAUUCACAGGCUAUGAUAUCUAAAAAGCACUGAGAACAACUUUGGAUGUUACAGCCAGUGAUAAUAAGCAGCUGAGUGAGUGGGUUACACUGACUAUCAUUUUUGUAUGAGUUCUGCUUGGAACAUAAAUGUGUGAAAAGUGGAAACAUGAGUCAUGAAUCCGUUUAGUCCUUUGCUUAUUUUUUGUGAUAUCCACUGCAUUCUGAUUUAAAUGCUUGCAAGCCAGUGGGUCACAAGGCUGUCAUGCCUUGGCCGCAUCUCUCCUAUGCCUUUCAUGACAGCUAUCUGCCCCGUUACAAGAGUAAUAGCAAAAAGAGCUGUCAUGAAUUUUGCUUAAAGCACAUUUUCAUGUUAAAUUUGGAGGCCCCUCAGGGAAUAUCCAAGGAAUUUUGUGGGAAACAAAUCACAUUUUGAUAAGACUCAUGCAACUUGUAAGAGGAGUGGGUGUUCUCACAUCCUUGGCCCUAUCAAAUUUCAGAGAGGUAACUGUAUUUCUCUAUAUCAUUCCUGGAUAAAGAAGGAAGAUUUCUUGCCUUCCUGCUCCAUUGCUCUUAGUGACAGUCUGAGGAUUGAUGAACUGAAACAGAAUCUUUUCAGAACAUAGAAAAUGUCUCCCAAAAGAAGUGGUGAAGUCUCACUGCUUCAUACAUUCUGAAACAACUUUCUAAAAAUACGGUACAAUUAUAAGCGCAGAGUACAGGCAACAUUGCAACAGACUGAGGAGACUUAAUUUUUUUGGGUGGGGGGCACAUUCCUUGCCUUAUGCUUUGGAGCAUGCAUACUAUGGGGUUCCCUUGGCUCACGAGAUAACAGUCCACCACCCCUGCUAUAGUGGGCUUCCUGCAACAACAAGAGUUGUUGGACUAGAUGACCUUUGGGUCACGUUCCAACUAUGAAUCUAUGACUUCCGUCACUGUUAAUAAUUUUAAAGAUGCCUGAUUGAGCAGUCACUUCCUUCUUGUUUUUCAAAACUGCCGAAAAAAAUAAUAACUUUGCUUAAAUAAUAUGUUGGAAACUUAAUCAAAAAAAUUACAAUAUUUGUUUCGCUCUCAAUGACUUCCCAUUGUCUUUGUCUUGCACCACAAAGAGGCUAGUUAUCAAAGCUUGCUACAUAUGUUUGGUUUCUCUUAUAUGCCCAGGUGGUUGGUAUUUGAUGGCCUUUUACCCCAAGAAUUCAGUUUCCUGAAGCAGAAAAUUAAGCUUUUUCCUCUUUUCUGUGGAAAAGUCAAUGUGUCCCUAAUAUUCACGCAAGACUGUGCUGACAUACACCUAGCAAAGAAAAUAUUAAGUACUAUUCCUAAAUAGCUGGUACAGCAAAAGGAAUGGUCUGAACAAAGACAUAGGGCUGGAUCCAGACUAAGUCAUGCUUUGGCCUCAUUGAAAUCAAGGAAGCUUAAGUUAGACAUGACUUAGUUGUCUCCUUGAUUUCAGUGGAACUAAAUAAGGCAUGACUAAUUUAUCAGCACAAUCCAAUCCAGAAGUGAAUCUCAUUGAGGUCAAUAGAGCUUACUUGCACAUAAGUGAGGAUAGGAUUACAGUUUUUGUCUAGAUCCUUCCUUGUGUUCAAGACAGUGGCCAAGUGUUUUUCCCUUAGCUACACUGAAGCUUCUCUUAAAUAGGACUGAGAUCCCUUGCUUCUAUUUGCAUUUUUGCAAUGAGGUGUCAAGACACAGUGAGAUUUAUAUUUUAGUUGUGUUAAUGAGAACCUGUAGAUAGUCUAACUCAGAUGUGGGAAUGCUUUCAAUAAAUGAUUUUGACCUUCUGAGCUUUAUGGGGGGCGGAAAACAAAACUUUGUUCAGCACUUUUCUCCUGCAAUACAGGAAAUGAAAUCAAGAGGUGUGAACAGGUAUAUAUAAUUGAAUGUUAUUGAAAAGUAGACUUCGCCGCAGAAACUGCAGAUCCAAAAUCUGUUCCUAUAUCGUACCACUGUAGGCUCUUUUCCUAUACCAUACCACUUUAGGCUGCAGAGAGCUAUGUGUUUAUCCCCACCCCUCCUUGAUACAUUUAUUUUGCAUAGAUUCAUUGAAUUGUACACUUGGAAGGGACCACGAGAGUCAACUAGUUCAGCUGCCUGCAAUGCAGGAAUAUUCUCCCCCAACAUGGGAUUAGAACCCACAACCCUGAGAGUAAGAGUCUCUUGUUCUACUGACUGAGCUGUCCCGCAGGUCCAUAGUAAAUUAACAUGUCAGGAGAGGGGGCCAACCUCUCUUUCUUACUGAUAUUCACCUGAUAGAUGAAUGAGCUUUUUUUCCCACAUAGGGAAGCAUUCAGACAUAUAUACGCACCAGGCAGUCCAGGAUUUUACCAUAAUUUUGCCAAUUAAAGAAACUCAACCUUAGCUUAAUAAUAUAAAUGGUGUUAUUAAGCAAUUAGCCUGGCAUGGUUAUUCUGAGGUAUGGCCCACUGUUUUCAAAGGGCUCUACUCCCAGGAAUGGUGUGCCUUUUGAGUUCCUUCUUUCCGUGAUCAUGCUGCCACCUUCAUUUCCUUUAGAUGGGGAGCUUCCAGUCACGCUGUAGGAGGACUUAAGAAGUUGUCUUAUACCUGCUGAUCCAUCUAGCGCUGUAUUGUCUACAUUGACUGGCAGCAGCUCUCUAUAGAAUUUCAGGCAGCACUACCUUGAGAUACCAUAAACUGAAUCUGGGAACCUCUUCAUGCAAAAUGUGUACUUUAUCACAGCACUACAGCCCUUAAUUUUGUUUGGUCUGCAUUUUAAGUGACUCAAUUUGCACCUCCUGAACUAAUACAGAUAUUGGAAGACAAUUAUCCUUUGGAUUUUGCACUUCUCCAGAUUUUGAAAUACAGCUAUUGCCUUGAAAAAAAUGUAUUAAAAUGUAGAAGGGGGAAAAUGAAUUUAAGGGUAAAGUACAUUUAGAAAUGAGUACAUUGAGAUAAAAUAAGUGUUUAAAUAAGUGUUUUGUGCUCAAAUAUUUAAAUACAAAUUUCCAUCUGCUUAAAAAAAAAACACCCCACAGAUCAUUGUAAAAAUGGGACUGAAUGGAGUUAUGAUUAAACACAUGCAAAACUGACAUGCACUCAAGAUAGAAUGAUGAAUAAUCAGGCUGUUUGCUGGAGCCUUGUGACAAGAGGGUGACAUGGCUACAUUGUCUCUUUAUUUGUCAGUGUAGAAUUUAUUGAAAUUCACUUUCAUGGGGGGGAUCUCAAGUUCUAUUAUGAGAAAAGAAGAAAAUAUCUGUCAGAUUUCUUUAUUACCAUUCAUAAUUUUGUAAAUCUCUAUCAAGUCCCCUUCCAAGUUGUAAAAGGGUCCUUUUUAAAACUGUAAAAGCUUCAGCUUUGAUUAUUGUGGUUUGCUUACUAUUCAGCAGUGAUAUCUGGCCAGCUUGUUCUGCCCUUUUAGCUGUUCUUUCUGCCCAUCUAAUGGCUUUAUAGAUAUAAUUAUAAGAUGUUUGGCUGAUGUACUAUUAAAACCUAAUUAAUUUUCAGUUUGCAUGAAUUAGCUGUAAUAUGCAUAAAGACACACAUUUAGAAGUGUGAUUACAUGUUAACUGAAAAGUUGACUUUGAGACAUUUGUUUAUAUAUUAUAAAAUGAAGUAGCUCCAGGCUUAGUGUCUUAAAAAUUCUUGGUUCAUUACAUUAUGGCUCUUUGAUUGUCUGAAUGGUCGCCUGGCAUUUCCAUAGGGCAGAACUACAUAUUACAAGAAAAUACAGGCAACACAGAGGAGAUAACUGUUUCUGUCUGUAUGCAGAGAGGAAUAUUUGAGCUCAAUCAAAUCACAUGUAUAUCUGAGAUAAUUUGUUGUUCCUGAUGUUGAUAGAUUAUAACGGAUCAGUCUUAUAUCAGAAACACAACUGAAUGUAACAGGGUUACUUCCAAGUAGAUGGAUAAAGAUUUUGGCUUUUUGCAGUUUAGUAGCGCAGAGAGCUUGCUGGGGAGACCAUGCAUUAAAAAGGGACUCAAAAAUAACUUAAACAAGGUUUUAAUUACAAAAACUCCUUUUACACUAAAUACAUUAACAAACAAACAUGACCCAACCACCAACCCAUCCCCCAGGGUAAUGGGAGAGCUAGGUGCUGCUCCUUAUAUACUACACCCAAUUGCCAACACAGCUUAAUCAGUACAACUCAGCAGCACCUGCUAUGUUUCACAGCUAAAAAGCUGGGUCUCGUUAUUUUGCUCUGGCCCUUGCUCUGGCCCCUUAAAGACAUACACAUCGGGUGGAACAAUGAUGAACCUUUACAUUUAAAGUAACCAUUCAACAAUAGGAUUAAAGCCUUACGAUGCAAUCCUGUGCAUGUCCACUCAGAAGUAAGUCCCUCUAAUUUCAAUGAAGCUUCUCCUAUGUAAAAGGGUAUAGGAGUAUAGCCUAGAUAAGCAAGCAGGUACUGUUAUUGUUGUUGUUGACAUUUCUCUGUCUUAGGAGACAAUGGAGGAGUGUGCCUUUGGGGGGUGAAGCUAAACUGUUGGAAGGUUUACAGUGCCUGCUGUAACCGAUGCUGGAGAGACGUGUUUUGUUCCAGCUGGGGCAAAUGGAGGCAUUUGGAUGUGCUGCUAUAGCUGCCCCAUGAUGUUUCUUCUCUCUGCACUUCUCCCAGCAGUCUCACUGUAAAUAUGAUCAGUAGUUUGUAAUUUGGAAACAGUAAGAUGAUUCAGAUAACCUACUAAGCUAAACCUUGGCUUGCUGAGAUGACACAAGCAUGAGGCCUUCCAGGGAGGAGCUCACAGCCACUUAGCCCCCCUCCCUGCUCUUUUGCUGCCAAGCUGUGCCAUACUAACCCAAGAUUUGGCUCCGCGUGUCAUCUGAACUGACACUUGUAGUUUUGGUCUCUCUCUACUACUCAUACUCAGCUAGAGAUGGGCAAGAAAUUCAGUUCAGUUCACAUUCAAAGGGGAAUCUUAUCAAAUUGGCACUUUCUGAAGUCAUGAGUGAACCAAAAUGUAUUUUUGCCUUAUGUAUAAAAUUCAUUGCUUUGAAAUAAAGCAGGUGCACUUCCCUUGAUUUUCAAGUCAGAAUUGCCUAUAAAUUUUAUUAUAAGAAAAUAAAAAAAUAUUAUUUCCUGACACCUUUAAUAAGGGUGUCUGAUGACCCACUCUCUCCUCCCUGAAAUAUUGCUUGACCUUUCCAGGUGUCUUUUGGCUAUUGUCAAAAUUUCUUGAACAUUUGGCCAGAGGAGGAAUUUCCAGUUUUGAUUUGGACCCUACUUGAACUGAAAUUUCUCUUGGGUGUACUGCCAAACAAUUUCAUUGAGUGACGCCAAGUUCUAGUCUUAUAAGAGAGGAAGAAACAUUUAUCUCUGUCCCAUUUUCUUCACACCAUUCAUGAUUUUUAUAAGCCCAUUUAAAGCUGUAAAAAUGUUGCUUUUAAAACUGUGUCUGGGAUGGAGUGGGGACCCCUCUUGUUUCUGAAAUCUUUUCAGAGUGUUUCCAUCCCCAAGUGUUCCCCAUCCAAUUUCACUUCAGGCUAAAUUGCAGGGCCAAUUCUUCCUUAUAUUAACACCUCAGUAUUAAUCCUUUGGAGCAGCAUAGUUGACAAGCAACUGAUAAGGCAGGGUAGGGACAAGUAUUUAACUCUGCCUCCAUCGCUAUUCUUUGUGGAGGGUGACUAUUUGCAGGAAGUCUCCACUAUUUUUCAAUCGAUUUUCCCAGAGUUCUAAGAUGUACAAGAAGUCUCAAUGGUUACAGGACGCUCCUUGCUUCAGAUGAUUGCCUUUCAAUUUAUCGAGGGCAAUUGGAAUGGUGACAGGGCUGUAGAUACUCUUCCUCAUGGUUCCUUUCACAUGUUUACUGACAUCUGAAGGCAGCCCUGUUUAGGGAAGUUUUUAAUGUUUGAUGUUUUAUUCUGUUUUUAAUCUGUUGGGAGCCACCCAGAGUGGCUGGGGAAACCCAGACGGAUGGGCGGGGUAUUAUUAUUAUUAUUAUUAUUAUUAUUAUUAUUAUUAUUACUACUACUGAAUGUUUGAAGAGGGUUUUAGUCUUAGAUGUGUUUUGUCUAGUAUGAUAUGUCUAUAUUCAGAUUCCUUGUGACCCUUACAUAACAAAUCUAUUUGUCAUUUGCACACUGGUGUUUGUGUAAGGUGCAGAGAGAAGUUAUUUUGAAAUUUGUUUUUAAACUAUUCAAUCUGUGCAUAUUCUGGAGCUAACAGAUCUGAACUGUACCUUCCACACUAAUAUGCAGAUUGGAACAUAGCUAUCCUUCAGAUUUUGCACCUCUCCAAAUUUUGCAGUGCAGUUCUUCACGGACUGCCUUAACAACAACAAAAACGUACCAUCUUUUACUCACCCAAAUAAAUAAAUGAUGAUUUAAUGAUGGCAGGAGCAGAUGAAUGUGGAACUGGGAUGAGACUGGUGUCAUGGGCCAGAAAUAGGAGAACCUGUUCAGCAGGGGGUUGCAACUGGCUAGGUUCUCCUGUGCUUUCUUACUCCAACAUGUAUCUGCACUUCAUAUUACACAGUAUUUGCAAGGAGCAGUCCACCUGCUUGGAGUGGGGGGUGGGGAACCGUGGCAAUAGCCUCCCAGCUGCAGCAUCACUGUCACUUAAAGUGAGGGGUGAGACAGUGGUGUGGUUGGGGUGUGCAGGUGCGCUAACAUAGCUUAUAUGGCAGUCUGUGUGCAGCCCCAAUCUUGCCCCCCUUUCCUAGUAUGUGGCAGUGAUACUGAUGGGGGGCAUUGCUGUAGCUAUGCUUCACGAAGCAAGCUGCUCCUGGUGUUUGCCACUGCUGACUCUAAUUUAUAUGUAGCAUUUAUGGUGCAUACAGUUCAAUUUGUCCGUACUGGUGCUGGCUCAAGACAUUUUGAUGGCUAAAGUAGCUUUUAUUUACUAUUAGAUGUGUAACACAAUCAGUUUGAAGUCACCUUGGUCUUUCAAUAUAUUCUAUAGCUCAAACAUACACUCUGCUCUUUUGCGAAUAACACAUCUGUGAGGUGGUGUUUGUGUGUUUUGGGAGUUUCAACCAGGAAGGCCCAGGUUUCAGUCUCUGCUUAGUGUGAGGCUCAGUGGGCAACUGUGGGCCUGUUACUUGUAGACUAGCCUAAAAAUGGGUAAUCUCCAUGCCCAACACACUAAGCUCCAUAGAGGAAAUGACAGGCAUUCAUUCAUUCAUUCAUUCAUUAAAUCUAGAGUUUGGACCUGCUAUUGUCUAUAUCAUAUGGGCAGAAUUCCACCUGGGCACCCCACUGACAGAAAGGGAGGGAGGGAAUAUCACCUCCUCCCUGAAGCUCCCAGUGCCACCUUUUAUACUUCAUACUAUGUCAUACUUCAUACUAUUUUAUACUAUUUUGGAGGGUCACCCGACCUCCCAGAACAGAUGGGAGGUAUAGAGAGCUGCAGGGAGUGGGUAAAUCAUGAAAACCACCCCCUUCAGCAUUUUGCCAGAAGAAUUCCUCUGCUAUAUCAUGUGCCUUUCUAUCUGCAGGAAGCAAAGUCUGGCUCCAUCCUUGUGAAACUCAUAAGUAAUGUAUAUUUUUCUAGAAAAGCUUGGGUUUCCCCCCCUUCUGCACUGCAGUCUCUAUCAGAAAAUUGAUUGCUUUUGUUUCCUUUUCACUGAUGCCAGUCACAUCUUGAACAGAGCGUUUAGUGAUCCCAUUGAAGAUAUCAAAAAUAGUGAAAGUGAUGUCAAAGGAGAAUACAUGUUAGAAGAAAGAAUCAAUUUUUUAUCCAUUCUAAUUGCUUAUAUUAUGAAUUUCAUUACAGCCAAUUCCAUUAUAUGAAUCCAUUCUCUCAUGAUAGUCAAUAAUUUGAAAGUUCAAGUAGAUUUAAUAAUUCAUUCAGUGAGCCCUUAACAUAUUUCAGUUUUCCCCAAUACCAUAUAACAAUUAUCACGAGAGGCAAAUUUAAACUUGUGUGCUCAAAGAUUUUUCUAAGUAUGACAUUUUUGGUCUCUGCACAUUCUAUAAACUCCCAUAGGAGAAGAAUUCAUGAACAACUAAUAGCAGACCCAGUCAAUUUAGAGACACACAUUUAUUCACCCAGAGCGCUGUGCAGUUAGUUCAGGUUUGGCUGAGCUAAAUAACAGUUGCAACAGAGAUGUGUGCUACUGGGUUAAGAAAAUGGAUCUGAUGCAGACAUAAGCUCUCUUCAGGCAUUCAAAGUGAAUAUGUGAAGAUUGCUGUGGCAUUGUGUGCAGAAACCCUGCCUGCAAAAUCCAAUUCCAAGAGGACACCUUCAUGCACUGAGUGCAAAGGUCUGAAGGGGGCUCCAACCAUAUUCAGCUGAACACAGUUGCCUCUGUGGGACUGGGAAUCCUGUGUUGUCAGGGUUCCCAACUGCACAAAGGCGUCAGUGCAGAGAUCUCCUAUACCAGGCAUGGGGAAUCUAUGGCCCUUCAGAUGUUACUGGCUUCCAACUACCAUCAGCACAAGCCAAUGUGGCUAAUGAUCAGGGAUCAUGGGAAUGCCACAGGUUCUCCACCUAUACGUUGCAUAUUUUACCCCACAAACCAGCCAGGUGUGGCUUGAAUGCGCAAAUAGGGCCAUGAUAUUGCAUUGUUCUUAAAGUUUUAAAGAAAAACAGCGGACAACAUGAACUCUUGAUGUGAUGUCAACUUUGGCCAUUGCUGCUAAUAUGUUGGAUGUUGAAUAUGAAUAAUGGGUUUAAGCUCUCUAUGGUCAUGAACUCACCAACCUAGUUGGGGUAUGGAUUUUCAAGCUCAGUUUCAAACAGCUUACCCCUUAGGUAUGCUGGAGAAUUUAGACUCAUAACAGUUAAAUGCUAGAGCAAUAUUUAAUAAAAAAUGAAGGAGUACAAACCAAAGUAAGCACUUUCACCUGUAUUUUUAAAGGUAUUUCUGAUCAGUAAUGGUGUGUAUGAUGAAGAAGAACCAUCCUCCUGACAUUAGCUUCUCUGCUGCCUACAUGAACAGGGCCUGGGCAGGGAGGCAGCAAGUUAGGAGCACCAGUGUAUCUGCGCAGCCCUGGCCCUGCCACUUCCCCAGCCCCACCCAUGUAAGGAGAAGUGAUGCUGGAGAUUCCACCCCACCACGUGUGGCACAACUUUUAAUAUAUUUAUAGUUCAUUGCUCUGGGCACCAAAAGUUUAUUUAAAAAUUAUAAUAUACUUGUGCAACCAUAUAUAAAAUGACUUCAGCAGAAGGAAAUGUCCACAGAACAGAGUUCACAGCAAUGCCCUUCACUGGGGGGAAAAAUCCAAAGAGUCUGUAAAUCAUUAAAAUGACAAUCUGCACAUGGGGGUGCAUGAAUUGGGGUUGGGGUCAGUGAAUUUAGGAUUACUGACUAAAAGGUUUUUAAGACUGAAAUGCUAUGGAUGUGUGGGUGGGUGUGAAGAUUGUAAUGCAGCACCAAAAUGUUGCAACAUAGACUUCAGGGAAGCGUCUUUGGGGAGGGCAUUCCAUAACCAGGGUGCCAGCCCAGAAAAUGUCAUGUCUCUAGUAAACUCCCAUCAUAAGUCAUUUGGUAGAGAGACACCCAAAGAAUAGCCUCUGAAGGUCCAUGUAGGUAAGGUAAGUUCCAGAGGAGGCGAUCCUUCAGGAAACCUGACCCCAAAUGUUUAGGGCUUUAAAUGACACUUUUAAUUUGGCCCACAAACAGACUGACUAAACACUGGCAUAAUAUGAUCAUGUUCCAGCUAGCAACCUCUCUACACUCUUUGAAACUGCAUAGAGUUUCGUCCAUAGGAGAGUUGAGCGUUCACUACUAUAUACCAAUGGAAACAAUACGGCUGACAGUCUGUAUAAAAUAAAUGCUUUCCACUUUGAUUCCAGAUAUGUGUUUGUGAAAUUUAACAUCAUCAUCAUUCAUCAGGAAUCCACUGGAAACCACCUGAGGGAAAGAGGAAGCAGAAAGCACUUAGACAAAGUAAGUUUCAGAACUCUUAAUGCAAUAUUGUACUUAGCUUUUCUUAACUCAUUCUUGAAACAGCAGUGGUAUUCGUGUUCAAAAAGCAACAAACAAACUUUGUGA